CCCUGCAGGAUCGGAGCCGAAUGUAUGACAGUCUGAAUAUGCACUCACUGGAAAACUCGCUCAUUGAAAUAAUGAGAGCAGAGCAUGACCCUCUGAAAGGUAACGAGAACAAAAAAAAUGUCUAAAGCAAAUCUAAGAUCAAUGGCCAAUUUAUUAGGCACACAUUCUUGUUACUGUAAAUAACCAAGCAGGUAUUUCAACAUGUGCAAAAACGUUUGCAGACCUGGUCCAAAUUUUUAACUUGCAAACGGUAGAAUAUGUAUUAUGUGUGGGAUUUAUAAUUGUCAUUGCCAGAUGUUGAGAGUACAGAAAGAGCUGUCUUUCACUGAAUUACAGGCGCUAUAGUCUAUUUUAAAUUUUUUUUAUUUCUACAAAUAACCAUUACUUGCAACAGUACUGGCUAUCUUUGAAUGUACGAUGUGCCAAACUUUGAAUGACAUUGGCUAUGGAGUCAUGAUGAUGAGGCUACAGUGAGUGUGUGAUCACCACGUAGUGUGACUUGCAGGUGUUGGGGUCAUUGUGAACAGUGUGAAUCCAUUAUUCCAUCUUAUCUGGUGCCAUUCCUACAGGUUGGUGUUGUCAUCUCAAUAACAUAUGAGUGUUUAGCACAGCAUAUAAAAGGACUGUGCAGAGUUGAUUUCACAAACCUUGCAUAAAUCUAGGCUGAUACCACAAUUAUGACUGUGACUUCAUUUGAAUAGCUCUGUAGAUCCAGUGCUCAGUCUAACAAGUGCUAACAGGAAUCGGGCAGCAAAAGUGGGUGCUGACAAAGAUUGCUAGGACUGUGGGAGGCAAUUGAGUCAAUAUGACCCUGUGUCAAAUUAAUGCAACUCCAAAGGCAAACGCCAUGCUGUGAAAUACUUGAAUGCUGUUCCUAAUAAAGUGGCGAUUGUGUGUUGUCUUGAGGUAUUUUCUUCUGAAUGUAAAAUCUAAUUUCAAAAUCCUUGGCUGUGGCAUGCAUUGAAUGAUUAUACCAACACAGCUCAAAAUUGCACUAGCCAUUGGUGAGUGAAAAUUCACCACUGUAGAGUAGAUAUUCAACCCAGGCCUGUAGUGACGAUUAUUUUUUAAAACCUAGCUAGUGGCAUAGGACUUGAACAUUUUGAGCCCUGACAUUAUCCGCAUACCAUAUACAUGAUUAAAGGGCUUUCCUUGUGAAGUAACAUGCGGUAACUUAAAUAUGUGUGCUCCAAUUUCACAUCAUUAAUAAUAUCCACCAAUACAGAGCCACGCAAAGCAUUACAUGGCAGAGGUUUAUCCAGACUUGCCUUAUCUGUGGACUUUUGAAACCCUCUCUGGCAUAGCAAUGUGAUAAUCUAGAAAUAUUCUUACAUUUAGUUAAGUGUGGCAAAUUCUCACUGUAUUAAAGUGUAGUGAAGCAUAGCUAUUAUAUGGAUCUGAAAUGACAGAAAAGGAGCUGUUGACAAUUGAAUUCAAAUACAAGUAUGGAAAAGACAGAAGUUAUCUCCCCUGUGCAGCUACUAGAGGAGUAAUCUAGUCUUAAAUAGGAUGGAACCUCAGCCUAGAUUAUUCCUCUAGUGGCUGCAUAGGGGUGGGCAAGCCAUGCGGGACAUGACCUUCACUUUCAAUGCAUUAUAUAGGUAAGGCGGUAAUAGAAAAAUAAAAAAAUAUUUGUUACUUCAGCUGCUGGUAAUUCACAGGCAAGCUUCUUAAAGGUCCUACCUGAAGAAGACAAAGCCACCAAUCAGAAGCCUCUAAAUCUGUUUUUUGGGUCUGUUUUUAUCCCAUAAACGCUGCCCAGCAGGAGUAAUUUAUGGGCUAUGGAGCUUCACACAUUAGAUCUGAUGAAAGAACUUCUGUUUUAUGGGAAUGGGUCUCUGCACAGAGUUUGCCUUCACAGCUUUCUUUUGGACUUUCAAAAACUGCCAGGAGUGUUGUAAACUUGACAUUUGGGCACCCAUGCAGCAUCUACAUGCUACAGAUAUACUUGUAUCUGCAAUACUUUUAUCACUUCUUCCUUCCUACUCUUUGAAGUCACAGGCAAAAUAAUAAUAAAUACUAAUCUGCAGUAUUUGCAAAUUACUUCCGUUAUGCACCUGUUCUGUGGCAUUUUUGGUGCCUAAAAUACCCCCUUUAAAGGAAAAGUUUACAAUGAACUGCCCUACUACCUCGCAAAUGCUUGGUAAGAAUGCUAUAACAUGGGUAGUUAGUGGCUCACUGAACUUUGCUGCUUAGGUGGUUAGUUCUAGAUUGUAGUUUCAUUUUUGUGUAGGGAGACGGGCUGUAAUGAAUUGGAAUUCAAAAGUGUUUUUAAACUGUGAAAUGAGUCAUUCUGAUAUGUGUGCUUCCUUCUUGUUCUCACGUUUAUAGUUUUAUUAUGACCGGUUUUGUUUUUUUCCCUUGAAACUGUUAGCACUAAAGCCUUAGGGCAGAUAUGAGUAAACUUUGACUCUGCAUUGAUGAGUUCUCACUCCCUUCGUAUUAAUGCAAACUAAAUGGCUGGCUGAUUAUUGGUGGAAACUUGCUUAAUAGCUGUAAUGCUAUGUUUUAGAAGAAUUGACACACACCCAUACCAAUACUUGUAACCUGGAAACCUGUUGCUAAACGAGCAUGCUUAUUACUGCCGUGCCUGUGCGAUUGUCAUUAAACAAUGUAAGAGAAAUGGCUACAUCCAAACACAUUAUGUGGGGCAAAGAAAGAGUUUCAACUUUAAAGGGAGAUUUAAUGGCGUCCUAGAACUUUGGUUCCCAAAUCACGUGCCACAGGACAUGGAUGGUCCAGGUUUUUGUCAGUAUACCCGUCAAACCACAGUGGGAAAUGCCUGAAGACUGGACUGUCAAUGUUCCCUGAGGACCGGGUCAGAAAUUGUGGACUAAGCAUGAAACCAGAAACACACUUAUGAGUCUCCCUGCCCAUAUUUUAAAGGGACACUCUAAGCACCAUAAUCACUUUCACUCAUUGAUGUGGUUAUGGCAACCAUAGUACUUGGUUACCACUCACCCACUGAGCUAUGUACAGUAACAUACCUCCUUCUUUUACUCCAAGAGUCUAAUAUCCCGCUGCUGUCGUUUAUCGUAAUUAGAUUUGACACAUGAUGUCAUUAGCUGUGUUUUUAAGUCCAGUCAACUUUGAUUUAGAUGUAAAAAUGCAGCAAACCUCUUUGCUUAAAACUUUUCAUUUAUUUAUUUUUCUAUAAUUGCUUUGAGGUUUCAGACAUACAGAGUGGAUACACUGUAUAAGAGAAGCCGCCAUAUUCUUUUAAAAGGGGAUUAAAAACUAUGAUUUAAAACAAAUAAAGAACAAAACAAAAACAAGAGGAUAAGCUUUUAAGGUGGCAGACCAAACAUAUUUACAGCGUUGAUCACUUUAAUUAUCACACCGGCUGAGUGACAUACUUCUGUUGUAAGUCAUUGCCGGAGAGAUUUGUACAUUCAGGCCAGCUAAUGGGAAGACACCCCAGGAGAUGCCAGUCCAAUAGUAGCCCUUUGUCUAACUGAACACUAAUCCUAUUACUAGAAAAUACUUAAAUAUAACGUUGGUAAUCAAUGUUGGCGGCUGAGUAUACUCUAAUAGGAUUAGAUUGCCUCCUGAUACAAACCCUCAAUUCGCUUACCUUUUAACUUGCUUGUCUGAUCUUUAAACUGUUCGCAUUGUGUACUAAAUCUGGGGUGUCCAUCUCCCUUUUGCGAAUCAUAAUCCUUCUUGAGUUGUAGGAUUUCUCUAUUUAACAUGUAGUCAAGCACUUCAUGUAUACAUCUCCCGGCAUUCCCACAGCCCCCUGGUGAUUUUCAAGAAAACAUUAACUUCACCUUUAAUUCUCUAUGUAGCCAGUCACACUAAUAGCAUUUUCAUAAAACACUAGUUUUUAAUAGUUGCUCUUUGGGAUGUGUUAAACCCCCCCGCCCCCUCUCAAUACAGUCUAUCAACCAGGCCUGACCUCACUACCCCUCACCAUAGAAAGAUGGUUGGCAGGCAGAACUGACUGAAGGGAGGACAGGCACGAAGCGAGGUGGGGGUGUCAUUGGCUGUCUGGUGCUAGGACGCUGUUCUUACUGGUGUCAAAUACCAGUUUCGCAGAGACUUGUCAUUAACUAGCCAGGAACUUAGUAUACGGCUGACUAAUCAUUCAUUUCUGUACGUGUAGCAUUUCAUAGCAACACUCUGCACAUAUGGACUCCAGGUUCCAUGACCACUUCAAAUCAGUGAAGUGCUUGUUGUGUUUUUAGUCACCCUUUCAAGCUGCAAUGUCACUUCAGAAUUUUCCUAAGAAUAAAAUAUUGGUGCAAAAGGAAUGCUGUUGAACAUUUACACAAUAUCAUUGAAGUCUAAGGAUGGCUAAAUAAUCCAGGAGCGCACUUGUUGGAAUUGUACCCUUUUGCAUUAUCUGAGCUUCAUGCUCCAAUGGUUUGAGAUAGAAUUAUGAGCAAAGCACUCAAAAAUCCUUUGCACCAUUAAAACGGAGUGUCAGUGGAUAUGGUUCUAAAAAUACGUACUCCUUCGAUCUUGUUUUAAGCACUAGUUGGUGUGGAACCCUUAAGGCAUUGCUGUCUGAUAACACAUCAAAUCCAUUCUCCUCCCCUUCCCCCCCCCCACUUUAAAUUACUUAUUUCUUUGGGCUGAUUUCCUGUUGUCGGGGGUGUCUGUAGUAAGAGCAGACAGAGGUUUACCCUUACUUUGCAAUUAUGAAUUCUUUCACCGUCUUUGAAAAUGAUUCAGUUGCGUUAAUGUGGGCGUUGAACUGAAAGUCUUUACACCCUCUUUAAAUUAAUACCUCUUCUGAUUUCUAGUUUAUAGCUUCUUAUUUCAAAGAUAUUUUCCUAAAUGGACUAGGUGCGAGUCUGAAUUCUAAUUGUGCCCUAUUGUAUGUAUGUAAUUAUUUUGUAAUUGUGGUGUCAGCUUAAAUGGGCAGUAAAAGCCAAUAUGCUUUUUUUUUUUUUUUCACACUUCUCCAGUGGGAUGUAUAGUCACUCUUGGCAGCCACCAAGUUGUAUGAAGGAUAAAUUAAUCUGAAGACAAUUCUGAUUAAUGUCCAUUAUAUGAUAUUUUGGUGGUCUGUAAGAAGUAGAAGGUUGCUGCCCUUCUAUUAGGUGGGCACACAUGAUUGUAAGCUCUUGUUGUGUUGCACUUGCUUGUCUAUCUUGUCCACCCAUUGAAUAGCUGUGCAGUAUGUGUGCACUUUAUGAGUAAUAAUUAUAGUCUGUAUUUCAUUGGCAGUGUGUUUGUGUACAGGGAAACCAGUUUUCUGGUUUUCAGGCUCCGUAAAUACUAGUGUCAAAAACCAUAGGCAGUCACUAGUAGUCUCAGAAACCACACUGUUUUCAUUUGCAAAGCUUGAGGGGCAGCACAUGUGCCCAACAAUCACUUCAUAAGAUAUGUCACCUCUGUUUAAAAAAAACCAAAAAAAACCCAUGUUUUAUUUUUGUGUUUUUUUGCCCUUUAAUGACGGUAUCAUGGAAUAAUUGCAGACAAGCAGUUCAAUAAUUUAACCGAGGCUGUUUUAAUAUUUUUUUUUUUAAAUUCCAUUUUUGUGUGUGGGGAUUAAAUAUAAUUAGCAACUUUAACUUCACAUUGUUAUAUAUGGCCCUGAGUGAAAUUUCACAAGUUUUUGUUAAAGUUAAUUUCAUGCUGAAUAGCUACCGCCAACAUUUGCACAGCCAAAAGAGUCUGGGGUUUGCUUCUUUUUUGACCUUACGGGAAGAGUUAAACUCUGCCAUGAAUCUUCGAUCUUCAUUCCUGAAGUGCAUGAACUUCCUUCCUUGUUUGACCUUGAAAGACUUGGCUUGUCCUCCCAAUAGGUGUUCCAGCCCACUCCUAGUGCAGAAUCGUCUCCUGUAUUCACAAUUUAUUCCAAAGAUUAACUUAUUUAACUCCGGAUUUAUUUAAACUGUCUAACACUGACAUGCCACUUAGUGGGCCCGUGUACCAGGGAAUAUGUGUGUGUGUGUGUGUGUUGCUUCUUUACUGCAUUCUUUCAAGGCAAGAAAGCGAGCCUUUGUGUGUAAUAAUAACUCUCUCUACUCACUGUAUCUUUUGAAAAUGUGAAUAUUUCAAACAAGUGAGGACAGGGUAGCUUCUGUGCUUGAGGGAGAAGGUCUAUGGAAUGUGCGAGGCACAUGUUUUUAGAUUUUGUAGCUACCCUUUUCUAUAGUGACUAAGCAUCUUGUGUGUGUUUGGUUUUAGUUUUUUUUUUUUUUUUUUUUACUCUGUGUGUUUUGGCGUACAGAGCAAAUGCUUGUGUUUUACUGCUCAAUCGAUCUCCUCCCCUUCCACGCCAAAAUGUCAUUGCAUAUAGAUGUAGUGCCUACACCCAUUACAGCUUCUACUUGUUUAUUGUUAAUAGUGUGGGUUUCUAGCAAAUGCACCAAUAAAUGCACUCUGUGUUACAUUCAUUGGUGCAUACCACUGAGUUAAAAAAAAAAAAAAAGAAUUGCCUAUUAAAAGGUGUUUAUGUGCAGAAAUGUUUUGAUUAUGAGCGCAGGGUUAGUUUAGUAGCCUGGAGCGUUCUGGGAGUUAGUUUGUAUACUUGUGAAAUUAUUAUUCAAGUAAUCAGAAAUUACACUUUUUAUUUAUUUAUUUUCACCAAGCACCAAUGUCCGGUAUUGUGUGGCACACAAGUGUAAGACUGCAAUGCCAAUUAGUCCUAGACAAAAUUGUCAGCUUUUUAAACAUCUUUUUUUUAGAGAUUCAAAAUCAGCUUGCAUUACAUCCGGAAAUAUAGUUAUAUAGUAAUCUAGGUUGAAGAAAAAAAAAAACACAUGUCAAUCACGUUCAACCAUUAAAGGAAAAUGAUAGCGUUAAGAAUACAAAGCUAUAUUUAUAAGGCUAGAGGUGCCCUAUUACCUUGUUAGUUCCAAGACCCCUCACCCCCCACUCGUUUUUGCUAUAAAAGCAGUUUAAAAUAAAAAAAGGUUUUAAUCACCUUUGCUUCCUCUUCAAUGAUCUAAUACAAUGUUCCUUAAAUAGGAGCGUUGGGGGAGUGAUGCGCUUGCGCAGUGAGCAAACAUUCAUGCAAUUUAUUUGAAUCAGUAAGCAUAGAAUAAAAAAUUCCCCGUGAGUUGAAUUUGAAGUCCCCUUAACGUCGUCAUGGACGGCAAACGUCACAAGACUAAGUUUUGUUCUGUUGUUACAGCAGAAUCACAUCUAGUGACUGUCGUCCAUGUAGAUUAAGUGGCCUGUGUGCGUUUAGCGGUCCUUUAAGCCACAUCAUUUUAUGCUGUUGAUCCAAAAUAAGGCAAAAAAAAUAAUCAAUUUAAGCGAUGAUCAAUUAAAGCCCAAAAAUAGAAAAUGGAAAUUCUUUUUGGAUCCAUUAUGGCAAAUAGAUUUUCCUUGUAUCAACAAUCUGUUACAUAUAAAUUAUAUUCUUGAAUAUUAGGUUUGUUUGUUUUUUAAAGAAAUGCAUUUAAAAAAAAAAGCCCUUUUAAAAAACAAUUAGUACAUUAAACGAAGUAGGUUUGUUAAUCUGUUUAAUUUGUGAUAUUCUUGCCACCCACCCAAUAAUUACACAGCACUAUUCAUUGUGCAUGAAACCCAAUGCCCACACGGUCUCUGAUUCAUUUGUAUAGAAUAAUGGUUUAAUGUUACUUGAUAAUGCCAUAAACCUUACACAAAUUUAUAAAGUAAAUCCUAACCGUGCUCGUUGUGUUAUCCUACAGAGAACAAAAGAUAUGAAAUGUCACAGUGCCAUGCCUAGUGCUGGCUUAUACCCAGGAGGAUUAAAAUGUAUUUUAACUUUUUUUGUUUUUUUUUUUGUUUUUUUAUGGGCCAGAGCAUGUUCUAAAACAGAGAGGGACGAAUGAUAACCACCUAGUUCUCGUUUUGGAACUCCAACUUCUUUGCUGCUUUACCGGCAUGAAAGGAUUGAAUUGCGUUAUGAUGGGAGUUGUAAUUUUACUUGAGCUAAAGGGAGCAGUUUUUGCUGUCCUGUACGGACUGUACAGAAUGCAGCCCAGCCCCAGAGACCACCAGGAGGCCCUUGCCCACCUUACUUAGUAUCUUCCAUUUGGAUAUCCCUGGCCUGGACUGUCCUGGACUGUGAAUUAUAUUUAGACCAUCUGUACAUCUAAAAUUCACAGCAAUGAAAUUUGUUUUUGUUUUUUUUGGUCCUGCUUUUACUCGUAAAAAUAAAUCUGUAAAGUCUAAGAGUGGAUAAUGAGCUGUGGUCGAUGUUUUUAAGUAUAUCUGGGACUCUUAACAGCAUAGAGCAAUGCAAUUUGUUUAAGGUUAAAGGACCACUCUAGGCACCCAGACCACUUCAGCUUAAUGAAGUGGUCUGGGUGCCAGGUCCUUCUAGGGUUAACCCAUUUUUUCAUAAUUAUAGCAGUUUCAGAGAAACUGCUAUAAUUAUGAAUGGGUUAAGCCUUCCCCCAAUCCUCUAGUGGCUGUCUCAUUGACAGCCACUAGAGGCGCUUGCGUGCUUCUCACUGUGAUUUUCACAGUGAGAGCACGCCAGCGUCCAUAGGAAAGCAUUGUAAAUGCUUUCUAUGAGACGACUGAAUCUUGUGCAGCUCUUGCCGCGAUGCGUUCAGCCGGGCGAGGAGAGGAGGAGGAGGAGAGCUCUCCGCCCAGCGCUGGAAAAAGGUAAGUUUUUACCCCUUUCCCCCUUCCAGAGCCGGGCGGGAGGGGGACCCUGAGGGUGGGGGCACCCUCAGGGCUCUAUAGUGCCAGGAAAACGAGUAUGUUUUCCUGGCACUAUAGUGGUCCUUUAAGUCUUUCAGUGUUGCAAUUAGUCGGCAUACUGGAGCACCACUGCUUUCAUAGCCCGUAUGGAUGUAAAACCUGGGCUAGCUUUGGGAAUAUAUACGAUAUUUUGCAUGUACAGCGAUUGCUAGUUUCCAUAGCAGUAUCAUUUGGCAACAUUUGGGUUGUAGAUUCCUGAUACAAGUUUAACCUCCCAAGAUGACGCAUAGUAGGGCAGUGAAUUGAUUUGGCACAAGGCAAACUCAUUUACCUCAAACCUGCUUUCCUCCAAGGUCUCUUAUUUACCUUUAAUGAGCGUGACAUCCAUCGAAGAAGAAUAUAUCUGCUCUGAUUAUGUGCUGCUCAGCACUUUCAUGAAUGCAGAUGAAUUGCAGGAAAUGGCUGUGAUCCCAACAAAUCUUGUCAUGUUUGUGUGCUUAGUUUUUAUUCUUUCUUGUACGAAUCAUAAUGGGGAAUAAAAAUCAUUCAGUUGUUUACGACCAGACAGUUAAUUUUUCAUAUUGUGGUGUUUGGAUAUUUUGUUGUACCUGCAUGCACUGGUGACAGAUUGUAGUAUCUGCAUAGAAUGUCUUACCAGCGGAAUUGACGGAGAUCGAAACAGUGGGAACAUUCAAGAAUAUUCAAUAAAACUUGUGGAACACAGUGGUCUUGAUACAGACAUUAAAGUCACAAAUAAAAUGGGCAGACUUUUAUCUGCCAUAAAAUUCUUGAUUUGUUAAGACAAUCCAAACACCAUAACCACUACAGCCUGUAGUUAUUAUGGUGCCAGAAAUGCACUGGAGCCAUCCCACGUGAAAUCGUACCAAAAAGUUUUUACAAUUUACUCAGAUGCCACUGGGUGCCUGCACUGUAUCAGCUGCAUCUGGUCUUCUCUAUGGAGCAAAUCAAGCCGAUGUAGGACUGUGAGGGCAUACUGUUCUCAAACUAAUCAUUAAUGUCCUGCUUUUCUCUGCUGGAAAAGACAGGAAGCAGUGUGGGUACCCGGCGAGACAGUUGCAAUGACAUCUAAAUGUGGGACGACGCUAGAGUACUCCUAGCACCAUAACCACUACAGCUGGCUGCUGGAUAACUUUAAAAUGGAGAUUGGAAGACUAAGGGGUUAUGUAAAAAUGCUACUGUACACAAUGCAUUGAAUAUCCUUCCUGUGAAAUUCAAGAAUGCUUGUGCUGUGCACGCUAUUUUCCUCAAAGCUAAAUGCAGUUAUUACUUAAUUGAAUUAAAAUUGCUCUACUGGUUUUAAAAAAUAGCUUAACACAUUCGAGGCAGCCAAGGAAUUGCUCUAGUCACGAAUGCUUAAUGUCACUAUACGUCACUAUAUUGCAAAAUUCCUACAUGGGUCAUGGGGAGGGUUAGUGCCAGGGCAGGGAGUGUGUGGACUGCACCUCUGGGCGGUGCAGACCAUAGUAAUCCCUACCUUGCAGUCUGGUGCUCUGUAAUCGAGUCAAAGUUCAGCUGCUAGGAUUCCCUGCCUUCAUUUUGGCUCACUGAGCGCCUGGUCAAGAGGGAUCGAUUACUGUGGCCUGUAGUAGGAGCAGACUACACACUCCCCCACUAGACCAGUGACUAUUAACCCCCAAAGUACUAUCAAACACAAUAGCCCUCCUCCCUUAAGAAAGAGGGUCAAAACACCGCACACAAACUCAUUACACACAGCCUGCAUGCAUACACACACAACGGGGGGGGGGGAGGGGGGAAACAACAGAGUGAAAUGCUCAGAGUUUUUUACUAAACCACACUCGUCACAUAUUACACACAGCCUGCAUGCGCUCAAACACACAAUUGUUAUUUCCACACCUCUGCCUACCAUAUAUCACGUAUGUAUUUAUUUUAGCUGUCGGUAUUUAUUGAUCCCAGACACAUCAAUCCAGUGUUUUAAAGUCCUAUUUCUGCUCUAGCCUUUUGUGCACAUUAAAUCUAUCAGCAAGAGUAUACAACGGCUUUACCAAACACACCAUCUAACAGGCUGCAAGAUACGUGUACGCUAUAAAAUCCUGUGUUGGCACAAAAGAACAUUUUAUUUCUGUGAGUAAUAAAACAUUCGGAACGUUGAGCAACAUUAAUUUAAUUUUCAAAUCUCGUAUUCAAUUAUAUAUCUCAUUAAAUUAAAAUAAUUACAACCAACAUGAGCUGCGUUUCUACUGCUCACAUUGGAGUGUUGGUUAAUGUAAAAUGGCCUCCAACGCAUUCUGAUUCAGAGCUUAAUAUAAUUAAAGGAGGAUGGUGUGUUUUCUAAAAUAACAUACAAUUACUUGUUCUCUGGAUAUUGUUUUUGCCUGUUGGGUCAUUUGCAGGAAGAAAAGAGAAGUGCCUGCUGUUUUAGGUAUGAAAAGGUUACAGAGCUCUGAGAUCAACACGUUUCAUGUCUCUGAAGUCUGAAUCCUAUUGUUUGUGAUUCAGAACAGACUUAAAGAUCACAUCUUAACCCUUUGAUACCCCAAUUCUGCAAUUCUCAGGAAAUUUCGUUAUUAACACAUUGUUUCUUUAUUUAGGUCGUUUGAACUACUCUCAUCCAGGGACAGACAGCCUUCUGAUGUUAAAUGGUACGUACUUUCAGAGAUAUUUACAUAUAUACUUUUUUGGGGAAUUAAUCCCUUUGGCGCCAAUGUUAAGCAGAUCACUUUUACUUGCCAGUUAUGUUAACAGUUUGAAUUUUUUUAUAAGUUCAUUUUGUUUCGUAUCAUUCUAACAAGUAAACAUAGCUUUUACGUCUUGGCUUAAUCCCUAUGUCCAGGGACAUGGAUUCUAAACUGGUUACUGCUGUGACUUUAAGAUUGCGUUUUAUAUGGACUUUAUUUAGAACAAAACAGAUUCUCCCCUUUUAACUUUCUUCUUAAAGAGGUAGUCUAAGAACCAGAACUUUUAAGUGGUUUGGGGGCUUAGAUGCGAUACUGUAAAUUUUUUUGCCAUUUCCACAUUCAGAGUCACCUGGGGCUUCCAACUCAAUUUGAUUCAAUAAGUUAAUCUAUUUGAUGUACAUCAUCACAUUGCAAAGUAUUCUGAUGCCAAACACUGUGUGUCUAAUACUUCUCUGUGAGAAGCAAUGGAUUGGCAAAUUGUGGCGAGUGUUGUUAGUGCUUUUCUAUGAGAAGCACCUUAAUUGGACAACAGUCAUCAAGAUUGAUGACAUCACAGUAGGAGGAUUGGGCUGCUUACAGGCAUCUGUCCUAACAAUGGAAUUAGGAACAUUUGUUAUCCGUUUAAAAAAUAAAUUAGGUUGUGGUGUGGAUUAAUAGGAUAAUCAGCAUGUCCAGUUAAAAAAUAAAUAAAUAAAUAUUUUUUUAAAAUUUGUUUUCCUUUUAACUAUAGAAAUCAUCAUUCACAACCCCUAAUAAUUUUGUAUUCAGUUGCUUUUUUAAGGUGCUGCCCUGUAUUCGGUACAAUGUAUGUGCUGCUUCAAAAUCCCUAAUUAAUACCUCUACAUCAGUAAUUUUUUUUAAUUUUUUUUAGAAUUCAGGCAGCCAAAUUUUUUUACAAAGAAAUAAUAUUAAUAUGUCUUUCUAGCAUUAUACCACUAUACAGGGUAUUUCUCCAGUGUCUGCUCCUAUGAUAUUCUGGAGAUGGUUAAUAAAAAUGAGAAAGUAAACGACUGUGUCACUGAACUCGCUACCAUAAUCAAACCAUGCAGAUCUGUUCAUGCCAGCGAGCUCUCACCAUGCAGGAUAUUUGGUUAGUGCUGAUGGACUGGCAGAUAAAAUGCAUUACUGCCACACUGAGCAUGCUUCUCAUAAAACCAAGCUCUCAUUCAAUCCCCUAUAGGCAACCAACAACAUAUAUUUGUGUACUAUUUCCAAUCUGCCCAUCUUUAUCUUUCUCCAUCCCCAUCUAUUAAUGUAUUUCUUCCUCACAUGUGUUCCUCUCCCUUCCCCCAAUUAUGCCCCUCUCCCAAUAACUUUCUCUAAAUGUUCCAUAUUCUCAUUCCCCUGCAUCCCUCACAUGUUGCUCUCUAUUUUCUACCCGCAUCCCUCACUUGUACCCUUCUUUUCCUCAUCCCUCUUCCUUUUCUUGUUCCCCUCUUCUCUCCACCUUCUAUCACCUGUUCCGCUCUUCUGUCCUCCUCCCUCACACAAUUUUCCCCGCAUCCACCCUUUGCUCACUUAUGCUCAUCUGUGCCCUGUGCUCACUUCUUUUUCACAUCACUUCUUUUUUCGCCUGUAAUUGCAGGCAGUUGGAGGUACAGGAGGUCGCACGGGAUUAGGACGCCAACGUUCUCUUUGCGUGCUCUCCUGUAGUUCCUUUAGUUGUCUCUUGAGGAGAGGACCUGCGUGAAAUGGUUACCUUUAUUCUGCUUCUUGCCCGAGCACUCCUGCUGUAGCCCCAAAGAUGCCAGGUUCCUGCAGUGCCGCCCUGAGGCCAUUUGAUCAGCGGUGUUAUGGAAUAUCAGGCCUGUUGUAUGCAGAAAGACUAUUGCAAAUCUCCAGCCAGUUUACCAGUCUCUGGAAGUGAAUGGUGCGACAGAGCCGUAUAUUAGUUUACUAGUGAUGUUAAUCAGUUAUAUCGCUUGUGAGGGAAAACAGUUCUCAUGUCAUGACGCUUUGCUCUAGUUAAAUUGUGUCGAGUCAUUGUUAAAGCUGGCCUCACACUCUGCUCGCGGUGACACGGUCACGGCUGUAAGAAUACUGACCGGCACAAAUUGUUUUCUUAAAGUGGGUAUAUCUCCCGCAUGUGCUGGCAGAAAAGCUUCCAGGUUAAAUGUUGUUUUUAAGUGGACUUUGUGUCCUGGUCUUCACGUUGUAUUCUGAGACUUUCUACCUUUUGGAUUCUUACACAUCCCACUUGAUCAGUGUCAAGUCUAAACUUUAAUCUCCAGGCUGAUCUACAUAAUGCCUUGUGCAAUAUACAGAACACUUCCUAUAAUUCAGUGUCAGUAUACUAUUUUUUAAAAUGUAUUUUACAAUGGGAGGUGCAUAUUAAAUCGACACACAAGCACCUAGUCCACUUGAUCAUGUUGUAGUAAUCUGGGUGACGUCCCUCUCGUUUUAACCCUGCAAUGUAGAACAUUGACAUUCUGCAGGAACAGCAGGGUCUACAUAGCCGGGUUUAAAUGCCUCUAGUGGCUGUCGCACUGACAGACCAUCUGAUUGGCGCAGUGUAUUCGCACUAUCCCCAAUGCUUUCCUAAAGGAAUGCAUUGGAUUGACUGAGAGCAUCAAAAACCAGUGCUUAGUCGCGGAGAUAGCAGUGCAUAAUAGGAUAAAAGCUAUGUAAAAUACCUUGCAGGGGUGGUGGCGGUCAUCUGCUCUGCGACUAGGACACUAUAUCUUUAGGAAUUACAUGUAUUCCUAAUGCUACAGUGCUCCUUUAGAGUUAACACCAAAUUGUCUUAAUAUAAAGUUAAAGUAAAAAGAUGUGAUCUAUUCACUUGCAUGGAAUUUUGGACAAUUGGCACAGGAAUUCUCCAGCUCUAGGUAUUUAUGCAUUGCAAUUCUCUUGUCAUUACUAUAUCCUGUAUCCUGUCAGGUGAAUACAAAAACAAGCACAGAAAGUGUCUCUUAUUUGACUCAAUGUGUCCAGAUAGAGAGCAUAACUUGUUUUUCAGCAAACCAUACACAAAGUUGCGUACGUAUUUUCUUUUUCACACCAGUGGCAUUUCAAAGGGCCUAGCCCUGAUGCACUCCCCUCCCCCACCCCCAUUCUGGCAAUAUUUUAAACUAUUAUUUGCAUUGGUUGCCACACUUGAGUUCUGUACAUGAUCUAGCAGUGAAGUGGGCACAGGUAGUACGUGUUGUUACUCUUUGUUUACUUUUUACGGUGGGCUUUUACAUUUCACACCACUGCAUUCUGCUGCUCCUUAAUAUUGACCUUUGCUGCCAGAGGUUAAUAGACAAAGACCAGGCAAGCAGUGACCUUUGACCUGUAUGGAUAAUCAAAGUGCAUAACUAUUGAUCUUGUGAGUGAUUGCAAGGUGCACCAAAAUUAAUCAUGCAGUGCUGUGCCUAAUCAUGGAAUAUAGCCAGUUGCUCAGUCAUUAGCCCAAGAAAUGCAGUGUGGAAGAUCUAUAGGCAGGGCCUUCAACGCAUGAGCUUAAAUAAUUGAAUUCUUGCAAUGUAAGUGUAGAUUAUCAUUGUUUUCUGUUACUAUGGGAACAUGUUUCACCUGCUCUACUGCCAGGUUUUCAUCAAACAGUGGCCUCUCUUGAAGGCAUCUAUUGAUUGCUUCAGCAGCUUUUUUUUUGUAUUUGGUGUAAAUGUCCUUUUUUAAAUGUAGAUGUUGGAGGGUGUGUUCAGAAACUUGUUGUGACAAGUUCCAAAGAAGGAUGUGAUUGUCACUUUGUUUGCUUGGUAUACAAGAAACCAAAAACAUACACUGUAUGUUUAUAGCUACAGUUGCAACAAUGUAUUAUAGGCCUUUUCUAGCAAAUUAUAUUGUGCUGGUUUUUUGGGGGGUUUUUAGCACACAAAUCCCCCCCCCCCAACUCAACACUUGUGGCAAGAUCACCUAAUAUAGUCACAAUUUUAGUCAUUUCCAAGUUAACUCUUUAAGGGCAAUAUAUUAGGCCGGAAUAUUCUAACUAAAAAAAGCUGAGACAUUUUCCCUUUUGGCCACCCCUUAAAAUUUUGUUUACCUACACAAGUUGAUGCUAAAUGUUGAUCCUAAAAUGUGAGUAAAAGGUAAAAGGCCGGGAGGUAGUUUGCUGAAGUCCUGCCUUACAAGAAGGAUACUUUCAGAAACUGGAAAUGGGGUUAACAGGGCUAUGCAAAACCAAAACAUUUUGUUUAAGUCUGUCCAAAUAUUUGAUGUUGGGUAAACGAGAAUCAGGAAUGUGAAGACUGGGUUAGCUAGAUUUUAUCUCGUUGCUUUCCUAGUUAUAAAUGACGCAACCUCGGUCUACAGUAAGUUAUGAUUGAGUUUCAUCUUUGUACGAGGAUGUCCAGAGUCUUUAAAAACCCCAUAGGACGGCUUUGAUUCAGUGCUUUCCUAUGGCGAUGGCCCUAAUGCAUUACGUUUCCGAAUCCCUGUGACUGGAAAUGGGUACGUGAAAGAAAGGGUUGUAAUAUUUUUUCCAAAAAUAUUAAAUCCUUUGAAAAACUUAUACCAAAAAAAAUAUUUAAACGAGGCCUAAAUCGGACUAAUGAAAUAGAGCAAAUGAAAAAUGCAAACUAACACUUUGCCUGCUGCUGCAGGGCAUUGGACUUUCAUGUUGGUGGAACAAGAAGGAAUCCAUAAGCUUAUCUGGAUUAUUUUGAUGGUGGAUUGUCAUUGCUGUGAUGCUGGGUGGUGGUUGAUCCUUGCUUGGUUUGGAAUGAUUUCUGUGGUGCUAGCGGUUUGUCUGACCAUGUGAUUAGGUUGUGGAAUGUGCCAGCAGCUGUUUGGCCUCAUGAUCACCUGGUGGUGUAGACUUAUUUUGGUGUAAUCUGCUGUUCCUCCCUAUGGGUGAAGGAACGUAAUGUAUCUUGUUUUCUCUGCUCCUUAUCACCAGUAUUGGGUGGUGCAGUGGCAUUUCUCUGGUGUAGCAGCUGUUUCCAUCCCUGUGGUACAGACACUCCCAAUCAUGCCAGCUGCGAGUUUCUUCCCCCUGUGAUUUAGCUGGUGGAAUGGCAUUCUUCGAAUUCUACCUGCCUUCGUUUAGAAUAUUAGGAAGACUAAACAUGUGCAGGUUUUAUUCGGUUUACUCUUACACAAAGUCUCGAAGGUCUGUUAGGAUCUUAAACAUGGGUUUAUGCAUUCCCAGAUGUCUGUCUGAGAUGAAGGCCUCAUCUCAAACGUGAAACUUAAAAAUACCACCUGCCCGUUAUCUACUGUUACUGUAUUGGUUCCUUCAGAAUAUUUGCAUGCUAUAGACAAAGGAAUUUAGAUCAGAGGAGAGGUGUAGAACUCAACUGCAGGAAUAAUACCUAAUAAUAAAAUGGGUUCUCCUGCAUAGAAAAUGAAAAUGUAAAUUAAAAAAAGCAGCUAGAGUCAUGGUUGAGAGAAUACAUUAGAUUUUUUUUGUGCUUUCUGUGUUUAACCACGUUUUAAGUCCGCAAUAGGUCUUUAGUCUAAAAAAUUCUAAAGCCAGCUAUUUUGGUCUAGGCUUGCAUUGUCUCUUGCAUAGUGAAGUGAAGCAAGUAUACCAUUAGAAUUCUUUCAUAGGUAUUUUCCAUAAAUUACAUAUUCCACCUAACAGUGAGAGUAUUAUACCUAUUUUAAAAUUGAGCAAAGCUGAAAUAAAAUAAUUGAGGGCAAAAUAAAGGUCUAGGCAAUUUUCAUGCAAAUUUCUUCGUUGCUCAGCUGCCUGCAGCAUUUGCCAGACUUAAUAGUCUAGUUCAACAGGAUGGGUCAAUAUAGAUCUGUCUUUCAAGCAGGUUCAAUGGAACUGGUUUUUCCCGAGGAGAGAAACCUUGAAAACCUGUACAAAAAGCAUUCGCAUUCCGUUUAUUAUCUUCAAAACUUAAUUAUAAAAUAUAAUGCGUAAUUAUAGGAACACUAUACACAAACAUGCGUUCCUGUCUAUAGUGUUAAACUAUGCUAUUGCACCCCUUAGAUAGCAUUAAAAAGAUGUUUAAUCUUACCUUUUUUCCCACGCAGCAAUAGUUUCACCACGACUGGCUCUGCCUCUAUGGCUGAGGUCAUCAAUCUUGAUCUCAGCCAAUCUAAUGCUUUCCCAUAGGAAAGCAUUUAGAGGCUAUUGAGCAUGCGCGGCAAAAGGUCACGAUGCAUCUCUAUGAGGAACUCCAUGCAGAAUGAGAAAAUGAUGACCAUAGGGAAAUUGGGAAACUCCUCUAGUGGCCGCCUGAGUGACUGCCACUAGAGGUGUUACUAGGCAGCAAUGUAGAAACUGCCUUUUCUCUGAAAUUGCAGAGCUUACGGUGCUCAACCUGCAAGGGCUGGUUAUAGACACCAAAACCACUACAUGAAGCUGUAGUGGUUUUGUAGACUUUAGUGUCACUUCAAGAUAAAUGCCAAUGAUCUUACAUUUAACUGCUACGGUCUAGGCUCUGGAAUACAUUAGUUUUUUUUUUUUUUUUUUUUAGAAUAAUAUAAUAAAUAAUAAUAGCUUUCAGGUAACGCUUCCAAUGUAGUCUUGCGACGUCCCUCAUGUAGGUUGGCAGUGCCAGGUUUUGUUUUGUUUUCUCUAGCCACAGGGUCACCAGUGAGGUCAUGGGUAUGACGUGGGCGCAAGAGGAGCAAAGUUCUCUAUUCAUUGUUAUGACACAGAUGGAUAACCUUUUGGUAUUUCUACUGUUUUGACAAACUGUCAAAUCUGUUUGAGAAAAGAGGCUUUUAUCUCAGGAAAGCAUUGGGUUCACUGAGAUUGUCAAUUCUGGUGAUCUCUGCCAAGGAUGCGGGCAACCAAAUGCCUCCCUGGCCAAUCACUAUCUCCUCAUAGAUAUGCAUUGAUCCAAUGCAUCUGUAUGGGGAAAGUUCAGUGUCUCCAUGCAGAGGGUGGAGACACUGAAUCUCAGCAAGCACCUCUAGUAGCCAUCUGAGGAGUGGCCACUCGAGGUGUCCCACGGAAGCAAUGUUAAACACUGCUUUUCUCAGAAAAAAACAGUGUUUGCUGCAAAAAGCCUGCAGGGACAGACCAUUCUCACCACACCAAAAAGAUUAAGCUGUAGUUGUUCUGGUGACUAUAGUAACCCUAUAACAAUGAAGCCCUCCAGCACCAUCUCUCUAGCGUUUUAUACAGGAUGGGCAUUGAAAGGCUUACCAGAGGCCUUGUGUAAAAGAGUGGAAUGUCUCUUUAAUGUUUUGCUACAGUGUAGGAUAUGAGUAUGCUUAACGAGUCCUGGAUCUGUCAGGUCAACCUUGGGAAGUUUGUAUGCUACAACCUCUGAUGGCCUGCGUCUGUUACGUAAUCUAUUUGUGCAAUAUAGCAAUGUGGUUUCCAAAACCUUUCCGGCUUGGAUAAAAAGGUUUAUUUAUACAAUUAUUUAGAUGCUGAAACAACUAUUUGGACCCUUUAAGAGCUUAGUCAAGGCAAUCUAUCACCAUUAAGGUAUAUUUAUGUGCCAUGAUUACAGAGCUUUAUGGGAUAAGGGGGGGGGGGGGAAGAAAUCUAUUAAACUACAGUCAAAGAGUCUUGUUUGGUGGAGCAAGGUGGUGUCUUCUUGCUUCAGGCACUUGCCUGUGCAAGUGCUAAAAUUCAAUGAUCGUUAUAGGUGUUUGUUUUUUUUUGUUUUGUUUUUCGAAAUUUGUUUCGAAGUUUUAGAAAUAAAGCAAACUUGUUUUAACUGUACAUUUGUUGCCAUUUUAAUGGGGGGGGGUUGUUUUUCUCCCUCUGUUCUAUUGCAUGGUCUCACCUAGAGUUUAAAGGAUUAUUUGCAUAUCUUCGUAUUUAAAAAAAAAAUAAAAAAAAUAAAAAUAAAAAAAAGUGCCUGGGUAAGAACAAAUACACUUUUGUUUUUUUUCCUCUUGUGAUUUCAACAUUGGUUUAAAAAAAAAAAAAAAAAGGCGUUCCACUUUGUGUUGUCGUUAAUCUAGUGGUCUUUGUGGAUAAGUCACAUGAUUCUGUCAGUGGUUUCUCUAAGUAAUUACCUUGGGACCGGCUGAUUCAGCAUGAGUGAUGCUAGGAGCUCCUUGUGACAUACUUCUACCAUCUCAUGACCUAAUUAUCACCUGACCUGCAGGGCAGAAGCCAGGCUGAUUUCUAUUAAUUUCUUCCCCAGUUCCCCGCCCUUAAUAUUGAGAAGUUGCCUUUUAACAUUUACAGUGCUAAAAGGUGCUUCGAAAUAAAAAUAAAUUAGUCAUAUCGGUGGAUGUUUUGUUAAUUUUAUUGUUCAUACAUAUUAGGUUAUUGUAUACCUAAUGGUAACCUAUUGAAUGCCUGAUAUCCUAACACUCAAAAUAGUAUCAUGACGUGGUUUUCAAUUUUACCAUUUAAGCUCUGCCAGUAUUUUCUGAAUAAUUCUGUUCUUAACCCCUUUAGGACACAUGACAUGUGUGACAUGUCAUGAUUCCCUUUUAUUCCAGAAGUUUGGUCCUUAAUGGGUUAAAGAAACCAAAAAAUAAAAAAACUGGGGAAUUUUGUCUGUCUACAAUUGUUGGCUGUCUUGAGUUGUUGCUUAAUAUUAGAGACUUUCUUAUCAUAUUUGGUUUGCUGCAUGGUCAUUUUUAUUUUUUAUUUGUAUUUUACAGUUUUUAUUUUAGAGUCUUAUUUACAUUUCAACGUAAAUAGAAUUUAGACAUUCAUAAUCACUGCUGCCUUUUUGUCUAAUCAUUGUUUGCAAGGAGCCAGUGAGUGUCGCAGUAAGAUUAAUUUCUGUACUCAUGGCAAUGUUGUGGUACGACAUAAAUUAAGGUAUUCUGAAUUUUCUUUUAAUUCGCAACUUGAUCUAUUACAUUUGUUCUACCAUACUAAGAGUUUAUGCGUUCUAUCUGCUCUUUCUUUGGAUCUGUGCUGUAGUUUUGCUAACGGCUGAGGAGAUUGAGAGUUUGACUGAGAAAAAAAAAAUCUUCUUUCUUUUUUCCUUAUUCUCUGAAGGGAUUAAGCCUUGGCACAGAUUCUGGCUAAUGGUGAUAAGCGUUGCUAAUACUUCUAUACUUGCAUCCCUCUCCAUACAAACUUAUCCUUGGCGUAAUAGCAGCAUAAAUUACUUACCACCAUCCCUGUCCCUCACAGGCCUUCGAGUACAAUGGAUUUUCUUGUUGGUUAGACUGUGAUUUGUUUAUUUUCUACAAGGGGCUUUUGUUGAAGUGACAAAAAUUUAAACAAAAAAAUGCCUUGAUGUUGGUUUUCUGCCAAUCUCUUUGAGUACAGGAAGGUCAAGCUCCACAGUCUUUUAUAUUCUUGUAUUUUGUAAAUAGACCAACAGUUUUGUUUUUUGGAGAGUACAAUUUCCUGAUACCCCUCCCAAAUUUUUUAAUUUUUUUUUAUAUAUAUAUAAUAAACUACUAAACCACAAGAUUCCAGGGCAGGUAUUACUCCUGUUUAGGUAUACACGCUUAACAUAUUAUUUAUAAGGCAACAUUGCUGGUCAAGUUCAUUAAAUUGACAUUUAAGGCUAACAAUCUCUCCACAACUUCAUUUUUAUUUUUUUAUAUAUAUAUAUAUAUAUAUAUAUAUAUAUAUAUAUAGAUUAUUGUAUAGAUAAAUAUACAACAAAAUUAGGAAGAAUACUAUGAUAAACUUACAUUUGAUAUUUAUUGACAUCUCUUAGUCAAUGCUGGUACUCCCAUUAUUUUCUAAGCAUGCUGUACAUAUCUUCAAUACAUUUGUUGUAAAAGAAAUUAGAAAAUGGCCAAUUACACAGGUAGUGUGACUGUAGUGACCCUUUAACUAUCUUGUUUAAAAAAAAAAAAGCUAUUUUUUAAAAACGCUAUGUCUUUGGUCAGGACAAUGUUUUCAUGUAAUAAAAUUACAUAUUUUUUUUUCUGUUUUAAAUGAAAAGUGCUCCAUGUGCUACUUUACAAAGAUCCUUAUCAAUUUUACAGAGUUUUAUAAUUCUCUAUAAUUACAUAUCAUAUAAGAGAUCUUUAUAUCCUCUUAUUUUCAAACCAUGAUUUCCUUUUCAGGAUGUAUUUAAGAUUACUACAGCAGUUGUAUUAAAAACAGUAUGUUCUUUAUUUUUUUUUAUAUAUAUUUUUUUAUUUUUUGGGGGUUGCAAACAGCUUAUAAUUAGAGAGGGGAUUGUAGGCUUACCUCAAUCGUCUGGCUAUGAAAUGUAUGUUUAUUUUUUAUUUAUUUUUUCCUAUUAAAUCGUAUUAUUACGGUCUCACUUGUUUCCUUGUAACAAUUUGAUCUGUGUUUUUCUGGUUUCUCCACCCUCCACAACAACUCGUUCUAAAAAGGAUUGGUUUGCAUUACAGUGUUGAAGUAUCUCUAUAACAAAACUUUUGCAAUUAAAUGACAUUAAUUUUUGUGUAUGUGUAAUAAAAAUGAUCAACAGGAGGCUUAUCUAUCCUGACCCUCUUAAGAACGACCUAAUUCAUCCUGUGCCUAGUUUCCGGUCUGCCACAAUUUAUCACCGUGACUUUGUAUUGGUGGGAUAUUCCAUCAACUGCUACAUGUGUCUGUCUAUUGGUAUACGUUCCCAUCAGUACAACACUCUUGUCCUUGAGAAUGAAAGGGGAAAAACUCCAGUAUAGUUUUUCAUAUAAAAUUGUUAGCCAGGAAUGUUGAACUGGACCCACCUGAAUAAUGAUGGUCUAAAACCCAUAUUCCCCUACGGCCAACAGACCAUAUUGAAUCAUGGGAGCUGUAGUUUUACAUCUGUGGAUCUUCUGUUCAAGACCCUUUGGGUCAUUCAAAUAAUAUCUAUAAUUAAUCAUUGUUCAAACAAAAAAGUUAUUUUGCAUAAUCAUCCAUGCAGCAGAAUUUAUUUCCUUUACAUUUGCUAGUAUGUUCCAUUUAAGUGAUAUUAUGACCAAGAAACUGACCAUUUAUCCUUUGUUUACAUGCAGCAAGGAGUUAUGGGCGAAGACGAGGUAAUUCAUAUAUUUAUCGUUAAAGUUUUAAGUUCAAAUGUUUUGCCCAAAUCUUACCUAAUUAUGCCUAAUAUGUUCAAUUUGCUUUAAUUUGUGGACACAAGCAGUGAUUGCUAGUUAAGUCAGUGGCGCAACUGCUGGUAUUACAAUGUGUUUCUGCUUACAAAUGUAUCCCAAUGUGAUUUUAAAGGAUAUAUGAAAGAAGGCAAAUAUUAAUCCGUAACACAUUUAAUCUUUAAUAGAUUACUUAUUUCAUCCAGUUAAUUUCUCCUUAAAGUGGCUCUUUCAGCCUAAAUAAUGUAUGCACUAACAUACAACAUGUUUAACGUUCUAAAACAAAAAAUAAGCUAUUGUUUAUGUGUACAGGGUUUAAAGCAACAUUACAAAGUUCAGUGUAAAAAAUAGUUUCACUCAAAACCCUUAGCUGGCAUGACAUUGUGUUUUUUUUUUUUAUUAAUUAAAAAAAAAAAAUGGCCACCUCCAAACUUAAACACUUAAAAGUAUAGAUCCAGCUAAACAUGCUCUAGAUUGGUUAAAAGAAAAUCUGUAUGCAAUAUUGUUUUAAACUGAUUUAUGGCGGGGGGACGGGGGAUGAUCAGGUGUCAGUGCCACUUUAAGCAUUCUGUCACAUGUGAUUUUAAAAGAAUGUGACAUGUUGAAGUCUCUUUUUACUCAUCCAAAAAUUUCAGUUAACACGUUAUUUUUAUUUUUUUAACAGUUUAUAUAAAUUUAUUUGUACUGGCAUGUAUAUGGCACCAACAUUUUACACGACACUUCACUAUUUUAAUGUGGGGAUGAAAUCGAAUAUGACUAAGAAACUAUUACAAAUCCAACAAGAAACAAGAGGUUUUUGAGCACUCUGCUCGAACAAGCUUGCAAUCUAGACGGAUAUCCACAUAUUUCUGAAAGAUGCCACAAUUGGUUAUUUACAAUGUGCAGAAGCCAUACUAUUCCAUAAACUGGCGUGCCAACCUCACAAGGGGACACAGCUCCUAUAAAUUAUACUUUUCAAAAAUAGCCUUUGAGGAAUAUGGGUAAAACAAUCAAAAUAUCUGUAGAUUGUAAGCUCGUUUGGGCAGGGCCCUCUUCCCUCCUGCACAUUUAUGCAAUACAUGUUUUGUUAAAAAAUAAAUGUUUGUCUUGUUUAUCAAAUUGUACAGCGCUGUGCAAUAAGCUGGCGCUCUAUAAAUCAUUGUACGAAUAGAUCACUCCUGAUUUAGUUAUGUAAUGUGUCAAUAAGUUUAUAGUGUUAACUUUUCUGUGUUCAGCAGCAUUACCUUUAAAUACUUGUAUAUAUGUGUAUAUAUCUAUGUGUACACAUAUAUACAAGGGUCCAAUAGCCAAUGCUCAGAGGGGAUACAAAAAGAACAUAGUAGUUACCAGUAUUUAAAGGUAAUGCUGCUGAACACAGAAAAGUUAACACUAUAAAUAUAUAUAUAUAUAUAUAUGAUAUCUGCGUAUAUCUGUGAUAAUUAGCACAGUGCAUGUAAAGCGCAGGGUGCAGUGGCAAAUAAAAUCCCAGCAGUGAGAUUUUUGACAUAGCCACCUUUGACAUUUAGGACAAAGAAACCUCCUGGCACAUGCGUUGUAGAUUGGUAGUGACAUUUCCAGGCUGUCCUGUUAUUUCACACUUUUCCUUUUGAUCUUUUCAAACAUUGAACCAGGAAAUGCCUGGCAUUUGUAACUUCUUUUUAGCUAUUGUACACAGAAAUUGAUUUCAAAAUGUUUACGUAUAACCUAUAGAGAUUUUUGGGAAAAAAUCUUUAGAACUCCACUUGUCCAAUGAUCCGAGGGCACUCAUAAGACAGGUUUCAAAAUUGAGUUUGAUUAUUAAUUGUCACAUUUUAUGUACAUUUCGGCAGGGUAGCCAGAGGGCUUUUGUAAUAUUUGGACUAGAAUUUCCAAUUUGUCUGAAUACAUUGUGUGUAGCCAUGCUGAAACGAUGAGCUGAGUUCCUGCGUAGAAGCACUCGGGGCAUUAAGAAGUGUGACGACCUUUGGAAAGUAGCCCUGACAAUAAACAUUGUGUAAUCAUCAAAGUUGUUACUGCGGGACCAAGGUCAAAACACACACUUUAAGGCUGCGUGAAGUUAUUGAGAGGUCACAUGUUAUAUAUGAACUGUUUAAAUGUCUCUUGUUAAACCCAAGACAGAUUAGUGGAAUGUCGCACAUACCCAUACAGCUUAGUCGAGGCUUGGCGUAGAAAUCAUUUGGCACCACUAGCAUAAGAACUCAUAUUUUCACAAGAAUUUUUAACUGAAACAAAAGAAUCCUCUUUAGGUAUAAAUUGUUGAAACAAAACUUUUACCAUCAACAGUUGUAAUUCGUCUGCCACAGAUAGCUGGACAGAGUAGCAAAUAAAGAGAGAAUGUUAUGGGAGUGUGUACAUGUAUGUUUGUAUUUUUCUUUCAAUGAUUUUGCAGUGGGCUGCCCUUCGUUGUUGAAGGUAUUCUGAGUAAGCUAGAGAGGUUGAAAAGUUAAAUUAUUCUUGGGUGUGUGAUAAAGAAAUAGAUAAAUUGCUAGUGAAUAGCAAUAUGUAGUUGUGGCUUAUAAACACACGAUGUAUCGUAAGGCAAACUGUUUUAAAGGAGAAUUCUAUGCACUAACCACCUUAAAGGACCACUCUAGGCACCCAGACCACUUCAGCUUAAUGAAGUGGUCUGGGUGCCGGGUCCAGCUAGGGUUAACCCUUUUUUUUAUAAACAUAGCAGUUUCGGAGAAACUGCUAUGUUUAUAAAUGGGUUAAUCCAGCCCUCAAAUCCUCUAGUGGCUGUCUCAUUGAGUGAUUCUCACUGUGAAAAUUGUGAAUGCUUUCCUAUGAGGCUGAAUGCGCGCGCAGCUCAUUCCACGCGUGUGCAUUCAGCCGAAAGGAAGGAAGGAAGGAGAGGAGGCGGAGAGCUCCCCGCCCGGCGCUGGAGAAAGGUAAGUUUUAACCCCUUUCCUCUCCCCAGAGCACUAUAGGGGUUAUUUAACUAAGCACUGCCGUGGUGCAAAGAAUCUGUGAAUGUCUUCAAAUGUUGUUUUUUUUUUGUUUUUUUUAAAUUAAUUAAAUUUUUUAACAUUGAUUUUAAAUGCAUGUUCGAGGCCAUUGUUACUGUAUAAAUUCCUUUCAGCAACUAUUUUUGAGUUGUUUACAGCACCAGGGGAACAGCAAGCACAGCUUUUUAACCCAGUAGAUUACCUUACAUUUAGAUUUUAAAAAGAACUGAUUUAGUCUAGGUGCAUGUACAAAAACAGAUCACCAGUUAGUACUCAAAGGAGGGGGGUAUGAGGGGUAGAAUUUACAGCACCAGCCAAGAUGUGUUACAAUAGGAGCAAUACAUACUGUAUAUGCAAUUCGUUGCCUGCAGAGAUUGUGCUACCCUGUAUUUAAAAAAAAAAAAAAGUGCUUCCUUAGCAAAUCAAGAUGGCAUUAAUUGAAAGCAUGCAAGAUGGGCCCUAGGCUUCCUGCUACCCUAGGUUAACGUGUUCUUAAUGACCACUCCCAAAAAACCAGGUGAACAUGCUUUAAUAUGGUACACAAUAUCUAGAACAGGCAUAGGCAACAUUUGGUACUCCAGGUGUUUUAUACUACACCUUCCAUGAUGCUUUGCCAGCAUUAUUGGUGUAAGAGCAUUAUGGGGAUGUAGUCCACAACAUCUGGAGUGCCGAAAGUUGCCUACCCCUGGUCUAGAAUCAAGUUAACAUUUAAAAAAAAAAAAAGCUAAAUAAAUAGCGCUGAUUAAUUGGGCCAACUUCCCCAUAGUAGAAAGAGCCAUUAAACUAACCCAUAAUGCAGUGCUGUCCUGGUUCCUCUUCUAAGCCAGACCAGUCUUCUGUGAAGUCAUUAUUCCUAAUGCUUUUUGUUCAGUAUGAUGCCUCUCAUGGUCAAACUAGUGUUUCUCAUUGAGAAAGUUGGAUCCAAUGAUACUCGGUGCAGCUUACCUGCUUAUUUUGUAUACCGAUGUCUCAUAUCAGAUGUAAGAGAUUCCAUAAUUGUAUCUUUUUCAGUCUAAUAUUGUGUGGGUAUUGCAAAAUGAGUGCUGCCUGUAGUUAAAGGACCACUAUAGUGCCAAGAAAACAAACUUGUUUUCCUGGCUCUAUUGGGUCUUUGGGUCUCACUCCCGCUGGGCUGAAGGGGGAGGAAGUGGUUAAAUUCUUACCUUUCUCCAGCGCCGGGCUCCCUCGACGCUGGGGACUCUCCUCCCUCUUCUGAUGUCAUCCCCCGAAUGCGCAUGCAUUCAAUCAGUCCAUAGGAAAGCAUUUCUCAAUGCUUUCCUAUGGACGUUGGCGUCUUCUCACUGUGAAAAUCACAGUGAGAAGCGCGGAAGUGCCUCUAACGGCUGUCAAUGAGACAGCCACUAGAGGCUGGAUUAACCCUAAUGUAAACAUAGCAGUUUCCCCGAAACUGCUAUGUUCACAGCUGCAGGUUUAACCCUAGAUGGACCUGGCACCCAGACCACUUCAUUGAGCUGAAGUGGUCUGGGUGCCUAUAAUGGUCCUUUAAGUAAAGCCCUCUAACAGGAAAAUAGACAAACUUUGUAUAUAUGUACCCAGUAGUAUAGAAGCGCAAAACAGGGCUACCUAAUAACAAAAAAAAUAGCUCAAUAAAAUUGAACCAUUAUCCUGUGUAUUAGCCCUUAGUCGUAUGGUAAUCUAAAAUAUUAUCGGAAGGGAACAUAAGGACAGAUAAGGCUUUAAUAAUACAAGUCACUGGAUCCAAAAUGAAACAGGACUAGUAUGAUAUAGAGAAUAGUGGGAGUGGGAGUCCAUCCACUUCUGCAUCAUAUAGAUAGUAUCAUUAAGACCCUUAAAUUUCACUGAUACAGUGUAGUUGUUGGAAAAUUGUAACUAGCAACAUUAAUAUCUAUAAGAUAUACAAGAUGUUUAUAAAAAAGGUUGCCCAAAGUUACAAAAACAUUUAAAAAAAAUGCUGAUACAAACAUCAAAAUGGCUUUUAGCAAUAGGAUAGAGUCAGAACAGGGGUGAGAAGUCAUUGUUUUAAUUUGAAAGUCUGCAGGGGCAGGGCCAAAGUCAUUUCAUUAAAGGAGCACUAUAUGGUCAGGAACACAAACAUGUAUUCCUGACCCUAUAGUGCUAAACCCACCAUUUAGGUAGCUUGCCCCCUCCCCUCCCAACCUCCUUAAAAGGAAUUAAAACUCACCUUAUUUUCAGCACCGCAUGAGUGCGCUGGCCCCGCUCCUUUGGUGACAUAAUCAAAAUUGCCCAUAGGGAAAGAAUUGGAUUGGCUAAAAUCAGCUAGGGGGCAGGGCCAAAUACUGCUUUGGCCAAUCAGUACUUCCUCAUAGAGAUGCAUUGAAUCAAUGCAUUGAAUCCAUGCAGAGCGUGGAGAUGCUGAAUGGCAGUGCUGCCUACUGUUCAGCACUGAGCCAGGAAGCACCUCUAGAGGCCAUCGGAGGAGUGGCCACUUGGAGGUGUCCCUAGGGGCAAUGUAAACACUGCCUUUUCUAUGAAAAGACAGUGUUUACAUGAAAAUGCCUGCAUAUCAUGAUUAUUACUCACCAGAACAACUACAUUAAGCUGUAGUUGUUCUGGUGACUAUAGUGUCCCUUUAAGGUGAAGUGAAUUUGGUGCUUAGUUCCUUUCAAGGGCCUGUGCAGCAACUAAUGUUACUGUUAAAAUGAAGCAAAAUAUACAAACCUGUAAUGGAUUGCUAUUGAAUAUAGAGAAACUCCCCAAGGCUAAUUCAAUUAAUAAAACUAUAAAAAAUACAUCCCAUAAUACAUAUAUCAGACGUACGUUUGUCCAAAUUGCAUUAUAUAGGAAGCAGGCUGUUUAUGUCCAAUAAGCCAAUAUUUCACAAGUGUACAGGUUUUCAACUUUAAUUUAUUCAUCCUGUGCAGAUAUUUUGAGGGGGGAGUAUGAAGUAGUAGAGUGUAUGCUAAAUGUAAUACAGAUUUUGGAAAAACAGAGUGGAAAAAAAUAAACACAAAAUAUUUAAUGAGUGCCAGUAGAAUACGAAUCUCCGAUUUGAAAUAAACACAAAUUGCACAUUUGGUGCAAUCUAUUAGCUUUUAAUUAAUUAUCAAGCUUCAUUAUCAAGCUUAAAGGUACACGUUAGGCACCCAGACCACUCAGCUCAUUGAAGUGGUCUGGGUGCUGUGUCCUUUUUGCAGUAGUGCUGUAAUGUUAAACAUUGCAGUUCCAGAGAACUGCAAUGUUCACAUUGCAGCACUAAGUCUGCCCUCAGUGACUGUCUAUCAGACAGCCACUAGAAGGCUCCCGGAAUCGUAACAGACUUUUGGUCUGUUAUCGGAUGUUGGACGUCCUCACACUCUGCGUGAGGCACUCCCGCGUCAGAUUUUUCACUAUAGGAAAGCAUUGAAUCAAUGCUUUCCUAUGGGGAGGUCUAAUGUGCGCGCAACAUUUGCCACGCAUGCGCAUUAGACCCCGCUCAGGGUGGCGGAAUGGGCGCUUCGAGCCAGCGCUGGGAUAAGGUAAGUAAAUAAAGGGUUUUUAACCCUUUAUUUACCGGGUAGGAGGGGAAAGGCAGAGGGAUCAGUAGUGCCAGGAACACAGCUUUGUAUCUGGCACUACAGUAUCCCUUUAAAGAAACACUGGAGCAUUAGAAAUACAUAUCUGUUAGGAAUACAGAAUAAAUAUCUGUAUUCCUAACUCUUAGUGCCCCUUAACAUUUUGUGGUCCCCCUCAUAUCUGCACAAAAAUAAAAUGAUAAAUCAUUUACUUACCCUUACAGUCUCCCUCUGUGCUGCCGCAACCUCCUUAGAGGAGCAUUGGUGAAUGUAGGUGCAUAUGCUGUGCUUGCUGUGAUGUGCAUAAAAUUUAUCCAUAAAGUAUCGUAUUCAAUGAUUUUGCAUGGCCGACUACAACGGUGCAUGACUUCACGGUAUGGUACGGUAUGAGAACCAGGAAGUAAGAUUCCCGACUCUCGUACCUAGAGGGUUUGUUGGCGCUGGCUUGAAGUAUCUCUUCCAAGCCCUCUAAUUUACUUUAAUAUUAGAUUUUGGGGAGUAGGAUGGGGAAGGGGGAUCAGCACUGUUGUUAAAUUGCCUACUGUAUUCCUUUAAUAUUUUUUAGAGAAUUUUGUGGUAAGUAGGCAGAUUCCAACCUUGAUAGAAUACUCCCCCUAAUAUAUUCAUUGGUUCCUAAAACCAACAUACAAAUUAUGCUAACUCCUACACUGUCUAGCGAUCCUAAAUUCUGCAAAUACUUCUCAUUUGCUGAGUUAAGGUUUUGACUCUGGCCUAAAUAUGAUUCCCCUAGCUCAGUGGUGUUACGUUGUGUCUAGCAAAAGCAAUCGAACGAAAAAUAGCAGUAAACUUGGAGAGCAGGGAAUCUUCUAAAAAUUUCAGUGGAAACUGAUAAUAUCUUACAGAAUGUUAACACAGGAAUAUUGAUGGCACACACAACAUAACUUCUGUAGCCUCCUUCGUAAGAAAUUCCACAGCGCAAUAUCCGUGAUUCUUAUAUAUUCUAUAUAUAAUAAGACAAGAAUAUUGACUUUGUGUACCUGUUGUAUCAUGUGGUGCUGGCAAGUCAUCGGUUAUGAAGGAAUUGUUGUUUUUCGUUUUUUUAAGUAAAAAGUCAAUUACCCUUUAACUACCAGCAGUUUUUAAGUAGACUUGUGAACAAACUGUUCAGCUGUGUGGAACAAAUUUUAUUCCUGUUAAUCUACACCCAAACAAAUCGAUCCAGUAAGGAGAGGCUCUGGACUGCUAGCCAGAUUUAGGCAGUGCACUUUGGAUAUCCUUACACUAAAUUAAUAUAAUAAACUUUGACAAAACACAGGCCGAUGAUUUAAUCUUAGCACAUGCAGUUAUUUAGUUGCACAGUUUGGCUCUUCUGUACCUUGAUAUCUUGCUUGCACAAUUUCAUAGAACUAAUAGGCAUAUGUGUUUAUUUUUUACUCCUGCUUGCAUCAGAUUCCCAGUAAGGCCACACUCCUUCCUCAAGACCCAGUUUCAGGAAGCUAAAUACGAUUUGGCAAAGCGAUUUAGCAAAGCGUGCAGUCAUCCAGUGGGCCCCCCCCCCCCCCCCCCACACCCUUAUUUAAUUUUCCAUGGCAAGCAAGCCUUGUCUGCAACACAAUUUAUUUUUUUUCCUCUCUCAAGAGGAGCAUGUAUACAUACCAGGAACGCAACUCUAAACCAUUCCACUGCAGUUUCCGAAAUAUUACAGAUUUUUUUUUUUCUUAAUUCAAAAAUUAAAAAUAAAAUAAAGGAUGGGUAAAUCUUGACAUACCUGUCAGACCGCAUUGAGGUCUCAGUUCUGCCCAGAUACACUGUCUGCCCUGUCACAGACUGUCUAUGUUAUUAUUAUUUACUUUUUCAGUUCUUUAACCUAUUUUCUUAUUUUUAUUUUUAUUUUCUUUGUUUAACCAGUCACUAUUUCCAUACAUUGAAGGUACGAAUGUUUGGGUGAGGAUGUUUGGAGUAGGGGGAAAUGAUGUGGGGGAGCAUCCUAAUAGUCCCCGAACCAUAGCCCUCCAUAGCAUGGAGAAGGGGAUAGAAGUAAAACAGUUUGGACUGUUCUAAACCCCUUGAGAAGUUACAUAUUGUUCUGUCGAUAUUAUUAUAUCCUUUGCAUGGAUUUCUGUCUUUAUGAUAAUUUUUAUAAUUUGUGGUGAAUGUAUCAUUAUUUGACCUAACUCGAUGUUACUGGAGGAAUAACAGGAACAAACCGCAGAAGCCACACAUAGAGAUAUGGACACAAGUCUUCAGGAAGUAACAGGUCUUUUAUUUACACACCGAUCGGGUCUCAGAUGAACUCCUGUUCCAAGAAUAUCUGAGAGGCAGAAGGCAUGGUGCAGAGGCCUUUUAUUAGCAGCAUAUCCCCUCCCACACAGUAUAACCCCUCCUAUAUUCCUCAGAUCAAUCAGCACACAGGAUAUUCAGGAUCACCUUAUAUGGGCAGACCACAUGGCAUUUACAGACAAAGGAAUGUACUAUCAACUUCCGUACAUGCUCAGUAUACUGAUGACUCAUCCAACUGUUUGUAAUCAGAUAGUAAUUAGCAUAUGCCAUGUGGAGAUUUCGGCCUACUAAAUAUUGACCAUGCUGGAAUCCCAUCACAUUACCACAUCAAAAAUAAAGAAUAACAAAAAUUAAUAAUCAUGUUAACCCUAGGAUUGCGUGCUCGGACAGGUCCAUGACAGGAAAUGUGACUGGUAUCUUUUACUUUAUUACGUGCUGAUGAUGUGUGCGAUACGUUAACAGGCCCUUCACGGGAUUAAAACCUUGACAUCCGCUGAAGGCGAGGUUGCGUGCAUUCCCAACUAAUGCUAAAAAUACAGACUUGCAGCGUGUAGCUGACUAGAUACAACAAUCUCUUCGGCCUCAAGGAUUGUGCGUUUUCAUUUGAAAAUCCCUUGCAAGCUGUUAUGUUUAUAAGGCCUCCUGGGUUGUAUAUUUAGCAGGACAUGCUUUUGUGACAUUAAACAUUUGCUCUGGAACACAUUCUUUGUGCUGGACUCUUUGCCCCAGCUGGUAGCACACACACUGGUCAGAAUGUGCUUUGCUGGGGUCACUACUGGCAUUACGACACCACCUGCUUCUGCUAAAUCUUACCAACAAAUGGCCCCUUCUAAGGUUAGCAGAUCCUUUUUUUUUUAAAUAAAUAAAUAAAAAAACAUAUUAAAUAUUAUAUACUGAAACAAAAUUAUUUUCAUUCAUUAAGAAAGCUGUAAAAAUCAAAGUAAAAAAUAAAGUGAAAUGAUUCUGCUAUAUGUUUAGUUAUUUAUUGGCUUGGGUUGCUCUGUAGACCCUGUGUGUGUGUGUGUGUGUGUGUGUGUGUAUACUCGCGCAAAUGUAUGUACAUAUGCAGCUACUUAUAUCUGUAGUUUGUAGUUGCUGUGUUGGCAUUCUACAGAAACUUGUAGGAACUUCUGUUUGUUGGACUAACCAUAUUUUCACAGCUUCUAAACCACAUCUUUUAACACAAUUUGAUGCGUAGGAAAGGCUGGGUUGGGAUACUGUGGUUAAAACCACAGUGCAGACUGUAAACAAUCUGCUUGUAAAUAUCAAAAGUAAUUCUCUCAUAAAUAUUUAUUGGCAAAUGAUCGUACGUGAUGCGCAAGUCUCACCACUUAGAGGGGAGAGGGAGGGAGAGAGACAAAAACAAAUAGGUUGGAGAACAAGUAUCACAAGUACCUUGUAGAGAUGGUUUUGAUUGUUAUUGCAAUAGGAAACCGAAGGUAUUUAUACUACAUAUGCUUGAAUCUGAGUUGGUGAGGAUAUCCUAUGGUAUUUACAUGCAUCCUUACAAUUGAAGAUUUGGGCAGUUUUGCUUUAAAAUGGAGCAUGUCAGCUUGUCAUGAGCCCAUGGCAGGCUGGCUGACAGUCUGUGUGGCUAUUACCACUCAGGGCAGACAAUGCACAAUGUCCUGCUAAAUCUGAGGUGUAUAGCACUCUGUUUACACAGUGCAGUGUGAGCAUGUUUAAUGUUGCACCUGCACUCCGCUGAUUGCGGGCAUUUCCCUGCCCAGGGCAUGGUACAAAACCCCAAAUUCAAUGGCCCUCCCAAACCAAGAACAAUUAGGAGGUAUGGUUGUAUCUCAAAAUAUGCACCUUAUAUUAGGAUUUUUUUUUUUUUUUUUUUACUUUAUUACUAUUUUAUACACUACCUUUUAUUGUGUGUAUGCAUAUAAUUUACAUGAUCUGCCUGUUAUCUGGUGGGCUUCCCAUAUUUUUAAAUCCCCCAAUUGCACAGUAAGACCUCACGCUGUGCAGUACAAACAGAGCAUGUUUCGCAGUAUGAAUAACACUGAAUUGUGAGACAAUAUAAUGGCAACAAGCUGACCCCGUGCAGGUUACUCCUAUUCAUUUCCUAAGUGACCAUCUCCUCAUCUGUUUCAGCUUGCAUGUCCUGAAGCAAAGUGUGUGUUUAGAUUAGCAUUCUAUGACUGCUUUGGAGCAGUAAAAAGUAUACAUUUUAUAAAAAAUUUUAUAUACAUAUUAUAAAAUUAUGGGAACGGCAUGUCAAAGGAAUAUGCAACAUUAUUGCCAUUGAGGUAUUUGACAUUGUAUAUGUUAUUUAUUAUCAAGCAUAUAUCAAGCUCUGUAUUUUAGAAGCCUUGGUAUGUUUUGAGGUAUAUUUUCUAAUUCGAUCUGUCCUGUCUCCACACCAUUUUUUUUUUUUUUUUAAACUGUGAUUUAUAGCCAUGUCUCUUAUUUAAUGCAAUGGUAGUUUCAGCACACUGUAAUUGAAUGCUCCAAAAAUAAAUCUUAACACUGCAUAGUCAUCACUGGUGGAAAUAACCUUUCAAGGGAAUGCUUUGCACAAUAUUGAUUAAGGAGCAAAAGUUCCAUUGUAGAAAAAUGACAAAUUUGUAUAAAACCGCAUUUAAUCAACCCUACAUCCCAACAAGGCAUAACAUCGCGGACAGGUUAUUCUAUAAAUAAAAACUGCCUGCGUAUUUUAUUCUAGCAUUGUAUUUUAACGAUGGAAUGUAAAGCACAUUACAAUAUCCCAUAUACAUACUUCAUGUACCUUGUCAAUAACCGCAUGCUGCUGCAUACAAAGUAUACAUUCUGUAGUAACUAUGAUUAUAUGCUCACCUCUCCUGACAUUUACUUAAUCAUUAAUGUAUCAUCAUGACACAUACCCAAAGUAUACACCAUACUAUGCACUUUAUGUAUAUUGCAUGUCCUAUCACAUUACUCAAAGGCCUGGCUUGGUUUUAGGAAAGGAAGAUUUUUUAUUUUUUUUUUAGAAUUUUUCUCAUGUUUGCUGUCCAGCACACUGGUUGGAGAGAUUUUGCAAGCUAGCCAACGCAAAUUGUUCAUUUGUAUUAUUUUAUGCUGCUUAAAAGUACGGUAAAUUAUACCCUGAAAAAUCUGUGCCUGUAUUUUAUUGGUUAAGGGUAUAUUUUGUAAAGUUACUGUGAUAUUAGGAGGUUUCAUUGAGAAUACUGUUUAAGUCCUGUGUGUCUAGGAAUAAUUUAUGUAUAUAGUUUGGUAGUUUCGGGCAUGACACGCAUUUACAUCUUUUUAUUAUUAAUAUUAUUAUAUACGAUUUGUUAUUUUUAAAGGUGACAUUCCACUUUGGAGAAAACACAACCUUGUGCUUUUUUAGCAUUAAAAUAUAAGAGGAUUAUUUUUUUUGUUGUUCAAAAAGUUUUACUAUUUAAAAAAAAGAAGAAAAAAAUUAAAACCCUUUUUCGACUAUGACAGUAUUUGAAUCCAAAUUAUCAUUAUUGUCCUUGUGUCACAUGAUCAUAGGCUCAAAGUAAUCUGCCCCUGGAAGGUCAAAAUAUUGGACACAGGUUUGUGGAUCUCAGUGCUAUAUUUAAUUAUAAACAUACUAUAUUCUGUAGAGAAGGUAAAACGGCACAAGCAGUAUUAUGGAUGUAUUGUAAAAAUGUGUGUUUUCUGAUUUUUGUAUUUUUUUUAUUUUUUUGCAUGUAUAUGCUUUAUGGUAAGUCUGCAUAAUUAUGGAAACCGUCAUCUCAACAGUACCUCUUCAUUCUUUCCAGGCCGUUCCUCCCUGUUUCCCAUUGAUGAUGGCUUAUUGGACGAUGGACAUAAUGACCAGGUUGGGGUUCUCAACUCGCCCAACUGCUACUCCGGACAUCAGAAUGGGGAGAGAAUAGAGCGCUUUUCAAGAAAAGUAUUUGUGGGUGGCCUUCCUCCUGAUAUAGAUGAAGGUAUGUUUCGAAUAGUCUAUACUUAGCAGUUUAAGUGUGCCUGGGAAUAAUGAGUUUAACUUGUAUGUUGCCUAGUUUCAACCAUUAGUCUCUGUGUUGAGAGAGUAAUUAUCAGGAAACCUUUUUUUAAAAAGUAAUUUUGUAGCUCCUACUCCCCAUUCCCCAAAUACUGAUCUGGUUCAUGGUAUUGGAACAUUGCUCACACUUGGUUAUCAGAAUCUGGAUUAAAUCUAGAGAAUAUGGGACAUACAUUUCUACUGAGAAGAAAGGUAGAUCUUUGGCUCUUCUUAUGGGAAGGUGUCAAGGCUUUCCUGCUGCAAAAUAAACACAGAAGAGAUUAUUGGAACUUCAAAAGCAUAAAACAUUAUGCUUUCUUUUUAUCCUUGAAAGGAAAAUGGUUUCCUAUAGCUUCAUUGUUCUUGUGACAAAAGGAAAAUGGCCUAUUUCUUCUUGAUAUUAUAACCCACUUAGCACUUCAGCAACCGUUUGAGUAGAAUAAGCUACGAAAUAAAAAUAAAUGUGACCAUUUGUUUUGUCAGAAGGCAUGGUCCACUGUUGGCUCACCUUUGCACUACGUUCUUCAUGGUAUUUGGUCAAGUGUAAGGCUGGCUAUUUAUCAUGAGAAAGUCCAUAAACAUCUGGGUCCCAAGGAGAAACAUCACUGGUAUGGACGGUCUAUGCACCUAAAUGCUGUUGUAAUGUUUAUGAGGUUAUUAAGCUUUGGGCACAAACCCACAGCUCUGGGUAUAACCAUUUUCAAAUAUAUCUACCAGAACCAGUGUUCCCCAAGGUACCCACUAGCUGCCCUCUUCUCACAUUUUCCUAAAGCAAAAUUUCCACUUCCAUUAGCAAUAUGAAAAUUGGCCAGAUCUGUAUGGCAUUAACAAGCUGAAGGCAUCAAGGCUGAAAUGGCUUGACCCAGAACUCAGAACUGGGAGAUGGCUCUCAUAGUCAAAUAACAUAACUGCUACAGUGACAUGUAGUGGUUAUGGUGCUUACGCUGCCCCUUUAAUGCAAAGCAAGUACAUGUGCAGUUCUGUCUGGAGUGCCAAUACAGUAAUCUUCAGUGUAGACCAUGUCUUGGAGGGAGUGUUUGUAAUUUCUUAUGUGAAAUGGACAUCCUGGGAGGAAGUCCGGUUUUCUUUCUUUUUUUUUUUUUUUUUCGUGUCCCUUAAAUGUUUCUUUAUUUUUCUUGUUUCAGAUGAGAUCACUGCCAGUUUCCGACGAUUCGGGCCUCUAGUGGUCGACUGGCCGCACAAAGCUGAAAGUAAAUCCUAUUUUCCGCCUAAAGGUAAAUAACACCUGGUGCAGAGCAACGUGUAACUAUCAUUCAGUGUGUUUAUGUUGUAAGAGAAUGUCAGCUGAUUGCUUGAGUUCAGGAUCACUGGCAUAGCAAACCUGGUGCAUUUUAUUCAAAUGUCCUUUUUAAAUGCAGGUUUUGUGCUAGUUUAAAUGUGCGAUGUGGUCUUUAGUUCUGUUUCCCAGGAAAGGCUUAAUUUCCUGCUGUUUUACGGACUCACAGGCCUAUUAGAAAAUGUUUUUAUUGGAACCCUGGGGUGCAGCACUAUAUAUCCCAUGGCUAUCUUCGUUAAACCAUCUAUCUGUACACCGCAAUCUGCACAAAAAAUAAUCUAUCCCUUCUGCACCCCAUGUAAAGGUACCAGUAAUAAGUUACCUGCAGAAGCUACGUUGUUGCUAUAUUUUUUCCUUCUCCUGUUGUGUGAGUGUAGGCAUAGGAGGGGCACAGAAGAAUUUUCAGCAUUAUUCAAUUGCAAGUUUGCAGUUAGUGUUAAUCAGAGUAUGAAAAUCACAAACAAUUAAAAUGCAUGCACUUUUUAUGCAGCGCAUCUAAAAAAAAUGCUUGGAUUUAUCACUUGCUUAUAAAAUGCCUCUUAACAUAAAAAAAACAAAGUAUGAUCUAGGUCACAUUGAAAUAUGCAAUUUGUUAUUUUGGUCAAAUUAAUUGCAUUUCUGGGCAGUUGGUUUGCUUGUGCUUAGCUGUAAUUGUCAGUAAAUCUGUUACCUCUGUGUGUGUCUUUUCCGCUAUCUACCAUUCUACUUAUUACUUUUUAUUUUCUUUCUGUUUGUGUAUGGUCUGGGACACAUUGUGUAUCCUGAUUUAUAUUGACAAAAGGCACUCAGCCUCAUACAUAUGAAAGCCAGCAUGCAUAUAGUGCUCGGGAAGAAUAAAUGGCAGUUUCUUAAAACUGAAUAAAUGCAGUUACAUACAGUUAUUUAUUAAAGUGUAAAUUGUUAGGAAUGCAAAGUAGAUUUCGAAUUUGAGGCAAAAAUAGUGGUUGCGUUUUCAGUUUGGGUGUUGUGGCCUUAAUUUUGAAGUUCAGGUUAAUUUACAGCCAUCCACUUUCUACUGAAAACCCUGACUGAUUUGCUGCCUUGCUACAUAGAAUGUUUAUUUUCAUUUACCAUAUUAUAUUGCCUAUAUACACUAUAGUCACAAGAACAAAUACAGCUUAAUGUAGUAGUUCUAAUGUCGUUAGCAUUUCCCUGCAGGAUUUUCAAUGUAAAUGCAGUUUUUUCACUCAGACGGCCACUAUAGGUGCCUCCUGUGUCAGUGCUGCACACUCUGGCGUUGAGCAUUUCAACACCCUGCAUGGAGAUGCUGAAUGUUCCCCAAAGAAAUGCAUUGAUUCAAUGUAUUUCUACAAGGAGAUGCUGAUUGGAACAGCUCAGGGUUUUGCCCCGCAUGUGCAAUACUCUCUAAAUGUUUUCCUAUGAGAAAGCAUUACGAUUUGCCGCGAUGAUCUCUGCUACGGAGGCGGGUCCGGCCAUGACGAGACUGGCGCAGCUCGGAAGAAAAGGUGAGUAAGAUCACCUUUUCAGAGCUCUCACAGUCUGGCUUGGGACCUACAUUUCCACACAGGCACUAUAAUGUCAGGAGUACAUGUUUGGACGUCUGCUGCACAUUUACAUUUCCCUUUAACUUUUUUUUACUUUGAGAUCCAGUUCAGCAGGUUUUAAAACAUGUUUAAUACUUUUCUUGUGGACAUGUUUAAAACUUAUUAGAAAACACACAAAAUAAGCAUUUUAACCGUGCAUAUCAUAUGAAUUUUAUUACAUAUUAUGGUGUCAUUACCUUUAUUCUAUAAACUCUUGUACCAUUAAAAAGAAAAUAUUGAUAGAAUUGUACAUUGAUUAAAGACUACAUUAACAUUCCAUAAUGCAACGUUGUCUUCUAGUGGAAUGAUCUGUACAGCUAUCCGAUCUGAUUAUACAUCAACUGUCCUAAAUUAGGGCAGUUAUUAAUCCUGGGGCAGUUGGGGGAAUUAAUGCAGAGAAGCAAAAUAUUUAAUACCCAUGAAUCAUGUUGGGGGGGGGUAGGGAGACUCUCGGACCAGCCUGUUUAGUUUGAUUCUCACCAGUGGUGGUAGCAUUUCACAAGUCAUCCGUUUCAUUCAGAAAGGUUAACACCUGUGUUUUUUUGUACUGCUGCUGUGAUUGUGCCACAGAAUCUUGAUAAUCCCUGCAAAGCUUGGAAAACCUAUAGCUUGCUGGCUUAUUGCUUUUUUUCAGCUUUGGCUUAAAGAUAGCUCAUAUGGUUCCUCUUUCCACAUUGCUGUCUCAUGAAAGCUGGAGACUUGCCAAAUUAAGACAAGGUCCCUUACAAGCCCAGGCCAAUGCACUCAAGCAUGCCAGUUUAAAGUAGAUAAAAUGCAUGUCUUGGACUAGAGCAACAUACAUGGGCAGAUCAUGAUUUUACUUAAAGGAACACUAUAGUCACCUAAAUUACUUUAGCUAAUAAAGCAGUUUUAGUGUAUAGAUCAUUCCCCUGCAAUUUCACUGCUCAAUUCACUGCCAUUUAGGAUUUAAAUCACUUUGUUUCUGUUUAUGCAGCCCUAGCCACAACUCCCCUGGCUAUGAUUGACAGAGCCUGCAUAAAAAAAAAAAAAAAACUGGUUUUACUUUCAAACAGAUGUAAUUUACCUUAAAUAAUUGUAUCUCAAUCUCUAAAUUGAACUUUAAUCACAUACAGGAGGCUCUUGCAGGGUCUAGCAAGCUAUUAACAUAGCAGGGGAUAAGAAAAUCUUAAUUAAACAGAACUUGCAAUAAAGAAUGCCUAAAUAGAGCUCUCUUUACAGGAAGUGUUUAUGGAUGGCUGUGAAAGUCACAUGCAGGGAGGUGUGACUAGGGUUCAUAAACAAAGGGAUUUAACUCCUAAAUGGCAGAGUAUUGAGCAGUGAGGCUGCAGGGGCAUGUUCUAUACACCAAAACUGCAUCAUUAAGCUAAAGUUGUUCAGGUGACUAUAGUGUCCCUUUAAGGACUUUAACUAAAAUGCAUAAUUCAGGGCAUUAUUUCAGCCGUGGCAAACCUGAAGUAUGUAAUUUAUAUAAAUAUUUGUGGUUUUAUGUAUACGUACAAAGUAGAGAUGAUGCAUGCAAGAUCUGACACUUAGGAUAAAUAUUUCUAUAACUUCUUUGUCAUACAGGAUUCUGAUACUUAGUAAGAUGGUUUCACCAUUAAAGGAACACUAUAGAGUUAAGAAUACAAAUCUGUAUUUGUAACGGAUCCCCUAUACUCUGACUGAGUAUCUCCGUUAGAAGUCUCCUAAAUCACAAGCGAAGCAGUGAUUAAUGCUCUUGGUUACCCAAACAUCAGCCGAGACUUGAUGAUGGGUACAACAGUAUCUGUUUAUUGAAGGCCAGAUACACAGUAUUAAUGCAUCUCCAUCCACAGUAAUGUAAAACAUGAGCCCGCCUCAGCGUCGCUGAGUCUGGGAGAUAAUGGUAUCUCACAGACACACAAAAACCCACAAAAUACACAGAACACCGUAAUCCCCACAUGCCCCCCACAUGCUACCUGGGUAGCUCUUGGUCCGAGCUAUGCUCCUUGCAAAUAUUGGAGCAAUCGGAUGUACAGAGCCAGAGAAAUCAUGUUGUAAAGUCUGGGCUCAAGGCUCUGUUAAUACUUGAAAAUAGUUUGAUAAGAUCACUUGGUUUAGGCCGGUGGAUUCAAGGGCGCGAACCCACAGUGGUCAGUCAGGGCUCAGGGAGGGGGACGGGUUAUAAGGUAUGCCCUUUUCCUCGUGCUGACCAAUCAGGGGAAAGGACGCGAACUAGGUUUGCAUGCAGCGAUCAAUCCGCAUUCAGGGAGGGGAGGUGUUUCACCGGCCAAUCGGGAGAAAGGACACACAACUAAUUUGAAUGGUAGCGCUUCUCCUAUUGGUUGGCACAGUCUUCAGGUGGCCAGCAGGGCUCUGCAGCUGUGAAGCCACCUCCCAGUUCCAGAGCAUCGGCUAGGGCUCGCUUCUCUCCCUGGUGGAUGUCUCCACAUGGGUAGCACCAGGGAGAGCGCUCUUUGGGGUAGGCAAGCCCAUGGGGCUGGACAAGGGGAUGACGGGGAGCGGGAAACCAGACUGGGAACACGGAAUGGUGGGAACGUGAGGGCUGCACUCUUUUUUUUUGAGACCUACAGUUAGUUAAAGUAUUCCUAAUGUUAUAGUGUCGCUGGUAGUCAUGUAACCCAAUUCGGCAUUAAAAGGGUUAUACACCUGUCUUUUUCUUAUCUUGUUCCAGUGCCCAGGCUCCCUUAGCACAGCUUAGCUCUGCUGCCCCAGCGAUGUCACAUUUGAGGCAUGGCCUCUCCCACAAUGGUCUAUUCCAGUGUUCUUCAUACAGUACCUAAUGCACAUGUGUGUUGAGCGCAUCGCCAUGAAUCAAUGAGAUUGGAUAUUGUGAUUCUGCCUUUCUCGUCAGUGUUUUUUUGUUUUUGUUUUUUUAGGUUUGCAGCAGUAACAUUGUAGAAUUUUAAUUAAUGUGCCUCUUUUGUUUUUUCUUCUAUAACUCUUUUUUGCUGUAGGUUAUGCAUUUCUUCUUUUCCAAGAGGAAAGCUCUGUUCAAGCACUGAUUGAUGCUUGCAUCGAAGAAGAAGGCAAACUGUAUCUCUGUGUUUCUAGCCCUACCAUCAAGGACAAGCCCGUAAGUAAACAUUCUCUCCGGGAAAAUUUAUAUUAAAAAAGAAAUGUAAAUAUGAGUAAAACCAUUAUUUGCCCUGGAGAUUCAAAGGUUCUAGAAUCUCACCUAGCAUGUUUAUUUAAAGCACAGUACAUUGAAUAUUUGUGGACUUUUUUUUUAUUUUUAAUUUUCUUUUCACUUCACGGAAACUCCCUGAAACUAUUUCAACUUGGGGCGGGGGCUUUGACAAAAAAUAUGCUUUUGUGACCUUUUUUUUUCCUUUAAAAUUAAAUUAAAAUCUUGUUUAAUGACCUAGAUAUGAUAUAUCAUUGUCUCUUUAAAUGGCUGUAUUAUAGUAACUCUAACCGUGUCAGGGAUAAGUGAAUGUUACUUAUUCUGCAAUAUCUAUUCGCUUUUACUUGGACUGUCGCGGUGGGAUAGUUAUCAGAAAUUAUGCAGUGUUGGGCUUGAAGAUUGAAAUGUUUUAUUCCUGUCUGGUGUAGGUUCAGAUUCGUCCCUGGAACCUGAGUGACAGUGACUUUGUCAUGGAUGGAUCCCAGCCACUUGAUCCUCGGAAAACUAUCUUUGUUGGAGGAGUUCCACGUCCCCUGAGAGCAGGUAAGUGCUUGUCCAGCUCAAUCAACAUUUAUAGCUGUAAUGCCCUCCUGUGUUUCAAUGUGUUAAUACCCCUGAAGCCUGAGAAGCGGUCAUUCAGAGCUUAGCUGGUGGGAAUCAGACAUACUUUUGAUAACAUUUGGACUGUUGAUAUCAUACUUAAUCACCCCCUAAAUCGACUAAAUGAAGGAUACAAGCACUAUAACCACUAUAGCAGAGUGUAGUGAUUAUGCCAGGAAUGCCUUGACGCCCCCCAAUAUAAGUAUUUUAAACAGUUUUCUGGCAGCAUUAUUUCUUUCCUGCAGUCUGCUGGGCACCUCUUCUUGGCCCUUAACUUCUAGUCCGAGAGCUAGAAGCUCCUACAAUGAGCUUCCGUUAGCUCUCUUUAGCAAAGUUGUUUCAUUGGCUGAGAGCAUUAGCUCAGUCAGAGAGUUUCUGGGUUUUAUGGUGAUAGGUAGUUGAUCCUUGCAGAAGUCAAAGUAUUGGAAAAUGGUUUGAAUAAUUACUUUGAGGCGGGUGGCACCAGUGCACUCCUAGCACCAUGCCGAGUUAAGGUAUUUGGUAGACUGCAGAAGUUUUUUGUUGUGUUUCUAAUUAAAUCACUGCCCCAGUCAUUUACAGAUUUAUUCAUUGGCUACAUCAAAUAAAGCAUUAUUUGUAUUUGCAAUAAUAAACAGUCUUUCUUCAGAUAGUUUUAACAGCUGGUUUCCUAUUCCUCAAGUUAUUUCUAUUCCCUUGGACUUGUAAAAUGUUCCACUUGUACUUAUUGUUGUUGGAACAUCUUCCUUUGGUUUCCAUCUCAUUUUGUUUGAGUUCUGAAGUUCCGUUUUUGUUUCCUUUGCAGUGGAGUUGGCCAUGAUCAUGGAUCGUCUCUACGGAGGAGUCUGUUAUGCAGGAAUUGAUACUGAUCCUGAGCUGAAGUACCCGAAAGGAGCUGGACGCGUUGCAUUUUCCAAUCAGCAAAGUUAUAUCGCAGCUAUCAGCGCUCGAUUCGUUCAGCUUCAGCAUGGUGACAUAGACAAAAGAGUAGGUUCUACCACGAAAAAAAACCUGAAACAUGCAAAGUUUAUUAAUAUAGUUGUUUAUUAUAUACACACGGUAAUAUGCAUACAAUACUAUUCUCAUUUCUACUGUUCUUUAAUUAACUUUCACUACUUCAAUGCUUAACAUGCUUAUAAUAAACUAGCAAGAACCUGUAGUUUAAAAUUAAAAAAUAACAUGCGUAUAUCAACUUAUUUACUUAUUUUAGGUAGAGGUGAAGCCAUACGUGUUGGAUGAUCAGAUGUGCGAUGAGUGCCAGGGAGCUCGCUGCAGUGGAAAAUUUGCUCCAUUUUUCUGUGCCAAUGUCACGUGCCUGCAGUAUUAUUGUGAGUUUUGCUGGGCUAACAUCCACUCUCGCGCCGGACGGGAAUUCCACAAGCCAUUGGUGAAGGAAGGCGCCGACCGGCCACGUCAGAUCCACUUCCGCUGGAACUAGACCUAGAUACUCCCACCACUCACUGAGAAAAGGGUGCAUGCGGCUUACUGUGUUUAUAGAUUCUGACAUGCAGAAGAAAUAAGUGCAUCCUUCUGCUUUUCACCCCCAACCCUCAAUACAUGCAUCUGUAUCAGCAGCCAAAACACUACAAGCCUCUUGUGUUUCACCAAAACCCUACAUCUCAGGCCUACUAAUUUUUUGUGAUACUUUCAUGUUAAAUAUUUUUCUUUUUAUAUAUAGCUAUAUAUAAAUAUAUUAUUUUUCUUUUUUUUCUUUCAAAUUUCCUUUUAUAUGUAAUGCUAAAAAUAAUGGAUAUGGCGAUGUUUUUGCUUAGGGGCAACACAGUCUGCUGCUAAAUAUGUAUGUGUGUGUGUAUAUGUAUGUAUGUAUAUAUCCAUGCAUAUAUAUAUAUAAAUAUUAUACAUACAUAUUAUUUAUAUAUGGGUGAAGUGUGCACUUAUUUCUACAGAUGGGUUUUUAACGUAAAGAUCUGCCCCAGUAAUUUACCAAAGGUAGCAAAAUUAAUAGUGAAAAUGGAAUAUGUCUGCUACUAAAAGCCUAUUUUUUAUUGUUGCUAUUUUAAGUGUGUAUGUAAUCUUAAAAGAAAAAAAAAAUAGGGUUGAUUUUUAAUUUUUUAUUUUUUUUGCUCUCCAUUUUGACUUGCAAGAAAUAAUACCUCAAGAUAAUCUGAUUUUAUUAGCUAUUUUUAAACAUUUUUAAUCAUAAGCUGUAUUAGCUUUGCUGCUAUAUAGGUGUUGUGCGUAAUACCACCUAUUUAUACAGGAUUGAAACGUUUCGAAAAACUGCAUUGCAAAUGAAUGCAGGCAGCACAAUAUGGUAGAAAACUGCCAUAGUUUAGAAUGUGAAAAAAAUGCAUGUUUACCUACCCUUGUACACCAUAUGCAUGCAUUAGAACUACCAACUACCCACAGAUACGGUAUUGCAGAUAUUAAAUAAAUUUUAAAAAAAUAAUAAAAAAAAUAAAUCUCUCGAAACUAGGUACAGUAGCAUGAUAAAAAUUACAAUGUUUUGUUACAAAAAGCAUAUUUGCAUGACUUAUUGUGACUCAAGUAAAAUGUCCUUACAUGUGUACAAUAUGCAAAAUAGUUUUAGAGUAGUAAGUGCAGCCAUUUUGUGUCCUGGUCGAUAGUAGACUUCAGUUUAUAAGAAGUGGAUGUCAUUUUAUAAUCCCUGUGCAAUAGUCGUGGUGUGCGGUUCUGAUUAUUGUGGCGUAAAGUAGCGAAAAUAAAACUGGGAAGAAAAAAAAAAAGAAAAAAAAUAUAUAUAAUCUUGUUUUAACAAGCAUUGAUUUAGUGCCCCCAAAUUUAAAAUGUCUUGGUUAAAUAUUCUUUAAAAACCAAAGAUGGCUAGCACAUGUUAAUCAGUCACCAAAUGUAUAACCCACAAGCUAAUUAUUAAAACAUAAUAGUUAAGUAAAAAAAAAUGCUUUAGUAUAAAAUAAUUUAAGUCAAAAUGGAGAUGGUAUGAUACAGACGGCUAGUUGCAUAACAAUUACCCUCUACCUUCAAGACAACAGUGACAUUUGGCUUGAACUUUUUUUGAUAAACACUUGUUUUCUUUUUGAUUACCUAUUUUUCUAUAUAUAUAAUUAAGCAACAUAGCUGCUAAAUAAUGGUUGCAGGUUCUGUUUUGUUCUAUUUUUGUUUUUUUAUUAAAUAUUUGUAAUAUAUAUAUUUUUAAAAAAGGCCAAUAGUGAAUUAACAGCAAUGGUUUGGGUUAAUACAUUUUUUUCUAAUUUUUUUUUUUUAAUAAAUUCCCUAAGGACCAAGAAUGGUCUAUUUUUGCAGACCUGUGGAAUGUCCUACUCCGUUAGUAACACCAGGGUUCUAUAAAAGUGAUAAAUUAAAAAUACGAAAGACAUUCCAUUUUGGAACUAGAGGCUGCAUGGCCUACAUAGUCAUGACCUCAAACAAAGCAAUUGGUCCUUAAGGGUUAAGUAAAACAUGAAAUAUAUGUAAGUCAUGGGGUUAUGCAACUAGCCCAGAAACAAAUGUCCUUUAAUUGAAAAAAAAGUUAUAUUCUAAUAAAUCCAAAAAUAUACAGAUUGCUGGAGAGAGAAGGAAAAAAAAAUCACAAAGGGUAUCCCUAUGCCCUUGGGACAAUCUUCUGUGUACGAAACGUAAUGUUUUUUAUUGGUUGUCAACAGCGUGCUUCUUUGUACUGUACGAUGUGAUUCCUGUCUCACUUUGCAGUUUUAUUGUGGUCGUAGUUCAUGUUUUAAAUGUUUGAAAUUGAUAUUCUAAGGAGUGCUUCUUUCUAAUUUAUUUGUCAAUGUCUCUUUACCUGUUCUUAACAAGAUUUACUCCUUUUUUUUCCCCCCUGGAUCUUUAUCAUUAAUAAUAUUUUGUCAAUAUCCACCCUGCCUGAUCUGAAACACUUACAACUUUGUUAUGCACUAUAUUUUAUAACCGAGAGAAAACAUUGACAGUCAGCUAUUUUGAGCAUGCUUGUUUCAAUUAACAUCUUUUUGCUAUACCUCAAUUUUUAUUUAAUAUUUUUUUACCCCCAAAAAAAAAAAAAAAUUGGCUUGCCAUUAUAUUUGUUAAAACUGAAGAACAAGAAAUGCAUUAAAAAAAAUAAGAUAUCUGGAGGAAAAUUAUCCCUUUUUACCAAUAUUUAAAAAGAAAAUAAUAAAGAUAAGAAUCACACGUGAAAAAAAUGACCCUAUAUGGAAAAGGGAGAGUGGCAGAAAGAUGAUAAUAUAUAAAUAUAUUUUACACUUUUAUUUUUCAAUUGUCAUUUCACGUCUCUACAGAGCAGUCAAUGCUUCUUGUUCUGAUCCUGCUUUUUUGUGUGUAUUUGUGUGUGUUUAGUAAUUUCUUAUUUUCUAAUUGUUGAACACUGUAUUGGAUUUUUUAUAAAUCAUAUUUAUUUUACUAUUUUUGUAGAAGAUUGCUAGUUGAUUUUGAUUGUAUUUUUAUAUUUUUAAAGCUUCACUUUUGUUCCCCGGUGUGCAUAUUGCUGCCCAAGGGUGUGACUAUGGAGGAAAACAAAAAAACUUUAAAAUCCACACUUUUUGUUAAGAAGGAAACAUUUAGCAUUUAUAUAUUUGUGUAUGGACAACACUUGAUAUUGUAUCCCUGUUGCAUCUGGCUGCACAUAGCCUCUCCUCAAAGAUGCUAGAAAACUUGAAUAUAACACAUUUUGGAAGGCUGACUAACCUCGAUUCUGUGUUGUGAUGUGCAAUACUGUUUCUAAUAUUUGUAUAAAAAAAGUGUAAACCUUUUUAAUGCAAAUUUAUUUUUUUCAUUGCAUAUUUUGCAGAUUUUAUCCACAGUGUCAUUUUUUACUGUCAGAAAAGAUAACCCCUUUUGUCAUUGCAACUAUUUUUUAAAUCCAGAAAUCUUUGUACUGAUGUAAAUGAUUGUAGUUAUUUUGGAUAGUGUUUUGCUAACAAAAGGAGAGACUUUUUUCAUGCAUAUUUCUAUUUUGUUUGUUUGUUUUUGUUUUUUAUUAUUUUUUUUAUUUGAUUUUUGUUUUUAGAACUAAUUCUUGUCAUUAAUAUAAUUUUGUAUUUUUAUGUGGGAAAAAUAUAAUUUUAUGACGCUAAUUGCUAUAAAUUUUAUUUUGAAUUAUUUUUUUGAGCUGAAAUCUUUGUACUAUUAAAGCAACUAGUUUCUAAUUCAGAGUUUCUGCGGAGAAUGGCACAAGUGGCUUAUUGAGUGUUUGGAUUGUAAUUAUUAAAGGUUCUUUGAUAUGCAAAUUAUUUAGUUUUAUUUUAUAUAUAUUUUUUUUAAUUAAAGCUGUUUUUUUCUAUAUAAGCAAGAGCCCGUGCUUUAUAAGGACACUAGGUGAAUGCCUUCAGCUUGAAUUUUUGUUUUUUAUUUUUAAAAUAUUUUAGUUUAAAUUUUACUGUUCUCUUCCAGGUGUCUAAAUCUCCAGUCUGUCUGUUGUACUGGUAAUUUAACUCUGUAAUGAAAUAGUUUGCUGCCAACUAUUUAUAUUAAGUAAUUUUUAAAUAUUUGUAAUAUUGUUGACCGACUAAUAAACUUAAGUUAUUGGCAUGUGGUUUUGUUGGUUUAUUGAAUUAAUUUCUUGUUAAGGCUCAAGUUGAUAAAUAAAAUGAGCUCUUG